CUUGCCUCAGGUGUAGGGAUUUGCAAGGAGAAAAACAGAACUACACAGCUGAGAAACUGUGUGGUUUUGUUUUGGGGGGUUAUUUGGGAGGCUCAACCGUUCUCACCUUGGAUUUUCUGGGAACAUUUCUGGAUAAAGAGAUAGGUGCUGAGGCUAUAGCCAUCUGGGCACUGUCCCAUCUGUUCAAGGCACCCUUGUGGAUACAAGGUGCCAUCCACAAUGUCAACACAGGCGCCAACAUUUACACAGCCUCUGCAGAGCGUUGUGGCACUAGAGGGUAGUGCCGCAACGUUCGAGGCGCAAGUUAGUGGUAAUCCAGUUCCUGAGGUGAGCUGGUUCCGUGAUGGCCAGGUUCUUUCCGCUGCCGCUCUGCCCGGCGCACAGAUCUCGUUCAGCGAUGGCCGUGCUGUUCUGAUGAUCCCUGCUGUGACAGCCGCACACAGUGGAAGAUUUUCUGUGAGAGCCACCAAUGGUGCUGGACAAGCCACUAGCACCGCUGAACUUCUUGUUACAGUGGAGACCGCACCACCCAACUUUAUUCAGAGACUUCAGAGUAUGACCGUGAGACAAGGAAGCCAAGUGAGACUGGAUGUUCGUGUGGCAGGAAUCCCUACACCUGUGGUAAAGUUCUACAGAGAGGGAGCUGAGAUACAGAGCUCUGCUGACUUUCAGAUUGUUCAAGAAGGAGACCUUUACAGUUUGUUGAUUGCCGAAGCCUUCCCAGAGGAUUCUGGAACUUACUCUGUAAAUGCUUCAAACAGCAGCGGACGGGCUACCUCCACUGCUGAACUGCUGGUUCAAGGUGAAGAGGUAGCAGUCCCUGCUAAGAAGACAAAGACUAUUAUGUCAUCAUCUUCUCAGAUGACGUCUUCUCAGACCCGCCAGACCAGAGAGGCCAGAAGAGUGGAGUCACAUUUCCAGUCCAGCUCUAUGAUGGAAAUGCGUGUUGAAGGUGGUGUAGUGACCCAGACAUUGGCACACAAGACCCCACCACGUGUGCCUCCAAAGCCAACCUCAACCUCCAAGUCCCCAACACCACCAUCUCUUGCAGCCAGAGUUGCAGGCGGACGUCAUCAGUCACCAUCACCUGUGAGACAUGUCAAGGCGCCCACUCCGGCACCUGUCAGGUCUGCCUCUCCCACUUCUGCCUCAAGACUGUCUGUGUCACCAAUCAGACCAGUCAAAUCCCCACUGACCACACGCAAACAAGUAUCCCAUAGUCCAGAUGUGCCUCCACCAUGGAAGCAGGGAGAGGGAUUUGUGGCAGAGUCCAGCUACAGCAUGACCGCUGCCUCUAGUGCCAGUCAUGUCCAGACUUCUGCCACCCAUGCUCACAUGGAGCAGCACUGGGAGGGCUCUUAUGGAUUGAAAACGACUGGUGCUGCUGUGUCUGGUGUCGCUGUGAGAGAGGUUAAGGGUGGGAAAAAAGCGGAGGCAAAGGCUACAGUUGUUGCUGCUGUUGACCUAGCACGUGUUCGGAAGCCUAUGCAUGGAGAGAAGGGUCAUGCUGAAGAGGAAACCAUAGAUUCUGAUUUUAAACAGCAGACGAUGCUGUCUACUACUGAGCAACAAUUCUCAACGAGGACUGAGGCUGGGGAAAUGCAAACAACAAUUCAAACCCUUGCUCCUGAACAGAGUAUUCAUGUCUCCCAGAUGCAAAGAACUACCACUCAAGUGGAUACUGGCCUUGCACCAUCCCCAAUUCCACAUUUCACAGUUUCAAAAGUUAUGGUUCCUAAACCUGACCAUAGCUAUGAGGUUUCAAUAGCAGGUUCUGCUAUUGCCACACUGCAGAAAGAGUUAUCCUCUACCUCUGCACAUGUCGCUCAAAAGAUCAUCAAGCCAGUCAAGCCUCCAUCUCAUAAGAUUGUGGUGGCGACAAGAGUGACGCCAGAGCCGACCCCGCCUCCGUUUAAAGAUAUCGCAGACAGAUAUCAGACACAUUUCGACACUCAGUUACAGCAGAAACAGAUAGGCACUUCGUUUUCAGGGGGCAUGGAGCAAAUUUAUGAGGACUGGGAACAACAGGUUGUUGAAACAGCAGUUGUUCCAUCACCAAUGGAGGAGCCAACUGUGCCACCUACUCUUGUGGCUGGCUUGAAGAACGUGACUGUGACUGAGGGUGAAUCUGUGACUCUGGAAUGUCAGAUCACUGGUCACCCUGCCCCUGGCAUCAUGUGGUUCAGAGAGGACUACAGAAUUGAGAGCUCCAUUGACUUCCAGAUCACUUAUGAGAGUAAAUGUGCCCGUCUGGUCAUCCGCGAGGCCUUUGCAGAAGACAGCGGUCGCUUCACUUGCACUGCUACUAGCGAGGCUGGAACCAUCAGUACAUCCUGCUACCUGCUUGUCAAAGUGUCAGAGGAGAUUGAGAGCAGAGAGGACACUACUGUGUCUGAAUAUGUUGAAACUUCUGCAGAGCAUCAGAUUACCAUUGGAGCCAAAGAGGAGACCAUGUCGGAGGUGAGCGCUGUUGCAGAGACUGUGGAAGCAGCUCCCUUCUUUGUCAAGAAGCCAACUGUGCAGAAGUUGGUGGAGGGCGGAAGAGUUGUCUUUGAGUGCCAGAUCGGAGGCAGCCCCAAGCCCCACAUUAUCUGGAAGAAGACUGGAGUGCCCCUUACUACAGGAUACAGAUAUAAAGUGCACUACAAUAAGGAGAGUGGAGUGUGUAAAUUGGAGAUCUCCAUGACGUUUGCUGAUGAUGCUGGAGAGUACUCCAUCUUUGUCAAGAACCCGCUUGGAGAGGAGUCUGCCUCAGCCAGUCUGCUGGAGGAAGAGGAAUAUGAAGAAUACAUGAAGAAACAUGAAGUGACAUAUAAGACUGUAGUGACUACAAUGGUGCAAGAGUCUAAAGUGGCAGACGUACCAACUUUUGCUGUUAGUGGCUAUGAGACAGAACAGAGGAUGUACAUGCAUCACAGCAUGGCUCAGCAGGCCCAAGCGACACGCACCUUCAUCUCCGAGCAGGAACUCAAGGUUACUGUCGUUGAGGAGAGGGUUAUCCAUGAGAUUGAGGUCCGCAUCAUGCAGAUUACUUACCAACAAAUUGUGACUGAGGAUCGGGAAGAGAUGGUGACUGUGGCAGACCGCGAGGCUGUACAGUCAGCCUUUAGUACUCCAGUUAAAAACUACAGAAUCAUGGAAGGAAUGGGGGUCACUUUCCACUGCAAAAUGGCAGGAACUCCACUACCCAAGAUUGUAUGGUACAAAGAUGGCAAGCGUAUCCAUCAUGGCGGCCGUUACCAGAUGGAGAGUCUUCAUGAUGGUAGAGCCAGCCUGCGUCUUCCUGUGGUGCUGCCAGAGGAUGAAGGUGUUUACACAGCAUUAGCCAGCAACAUGAAGGGCAACUCUGUAAGCUCUGGGAAACUGUACGUGGUGCCCACUGCAGGAGCAGAAGCUCCACAGAUGCCUGAGUCACCGGCAAUGCAGAGAAUGAGGUCCACAUCCCCACGCUCUACAAGCCGCUCUCCCGGUCGCUCUCCCGGACGCUCUCCUGCUCGCAGACUUGAUGACACUGAUGAGAGUCAGCUGGAGAGACUGUACAAGCCUGUGUUUGUCUUGAAGCCACAGUCAUUCAAGUGUGCUGAAGGGCAGACUGCCAGAUUUGACCUGAAAGUAGUUGGUAGACCCAUGCCUGACACUUUCUGGUUCCACAAUGGACAACAAGUUGUCAAUGAUUACACCCACAAGAUAGUGGUGAAGGAAGAUGGAACUACGUCACUGAUUGUGGUUCCAGCCAUGCCCCAUGACUCUGGAGAGUGGACCGUGGUUGCUCAGAACAGAGCUGGAAGGACCUCUGUCUCCAUGACACUUACAGUUGAUGCCAAAGAAAACCUGAUCAGACCCCAGUUUAUUGAGAAGCUGAAGAACAUCAGUGUCAAGAAAGGCACUCUGGUUGAGUUGGCUGUCAAAGCCAUCGGAAACCCCCUGCCUGAUAUUGUUUGGCUGAAAAACAGUGACAUCAUCUCCCCAAUGAAGCACCCAAAUAUCAAGAUUGAAGGCACCAAAGGAGAGGCCAAAUUCCAGAUCCCCCAAACAGUAGGCACUGAUAGUGCUUGGUACACAGCCACAGCCAUUAACAAAGCUGGACGAGAUACCACUCGCUGCAGGGUCAACAUUGAGGUGGAAACUGCUGAACCUGCACCAGAGAGGAGACUCAUUAUUCCCAAGGGAACAUACAAGGCCAAGGAAAUUGCAGCUCCGGAGUUGGAAUCCCUGCAUCUUCGUUAUGGUCAAGAGCAGUGGGAGGAGGCUGACCUAUAUGACAAGGACAAGCAGCAGAAACCGCAGUUUAAGAAGAAGCUGACUUCCGUCAGGCUGAAGCAUUCUGGUGUUGUCCACUUUGAAUGCAGACUGACCCCUAUUGGUGAUCCCACUAUGGUGGUUGAGUGGUUGCUUGAUGGCAAACCCCUGGCAGCUGCUAACAGGUUGCGUAUGGUUAAUGAAUUUGGCUACUGUAGUCUUGACUUUGAAGUUGCCUAUGCCAGAGACAGUGGUGUCAUCACCUGCAGAGCCACUAACACGUUUGGUGCCGAUCAGACCUCGGCUACACUGAUUGUAAAGGAGGAGAAGAGCAUGGUGGAGGAAACUCAGUUACCUGAGGGCAGGAGGGGACUACACAGAAUUGAUGAGAUGGAGCGCAUGGCUCACGAAGGAGGUCCUUCUGGAGUCACUGCAGAUGAGUAUUCAGAGAAGACAAAGCCUGAAAUUGUCCUUCUUCCUGAGAAUGCAAAUGUGCAGGAAGGUGAAAUUGCAAGGUUCCGUUGCAGAGUAACUGGUUAUCCUACACCUAAGGUCAACUGGUACCUCAAUGGGCAGCUCAUUCGCAAGAGCAAGAGAAUGAGACUUCGCUAUGAUGGCAUUUACUAUCUUGAGAUUAUCGAUAUCAAGUCAUACGAUGCAGGAGAUGUCAAAGUGUUAGCAGAGAACCCUGAGGGCACAGCUGAGCAUCUGGUGAAGUUGGAGAUCACACAGAAAGAGGACUUCAGAUCUAUUCUUCGUCGUGCACCAGAGCCUAAGGCCCCAGAGCCUAGCACCAUGGCUGAACAUGGCAGAGUUUCCUUUGAUGUGGUUAAGGUUGAAAAACCAACUGCCAUCAAAGAAACCAAAGAGGUAGUGCAACUAAAGAAGACCGAAAGAGUCAUCCAUUCAAAAGCCACAGAGGAGACAGACGAGUUGAAGGGCAAAUUUAAGCGCAGGACAGAGGAAGGUUAUUAUGAAGCCAUCACUGCUGUGGAGCUCAAGUCUCGUAAGAAGGAUGAGUCCUAUGAGGAUAUGCUUAGGAAGAGGAAGGAAGAACUGCUUCACCAUCAAAAAAUGUUGUCUGAGGCUGAGAAGAAAAAAGAGGAGGAACGCAAGGUUCAUGUUCCCUCAAUUAAACCAGAGAGAGUAAAGCUCUCUCCCAGCAUGGAAGCUCCAAAGAUCAUUGAACGCAUUGCUAGUCAGACCGUGUCUCAGAUGGAAGAAGUUCACUUCAGAGUCAGAGUUACCGGUAGACCAGACCCUGAGUGCCAGUGGUUCAAGAAUGGAAUUCUGUUGGAGAAAACAGAUCGCAUUUACUCAUUCUGGCCUGAAGACAACGUAUGUGAAUUAGUGAUCAAAAAGGUCACAGCAGAAGACUCUGCUAGCAUCAUGGUCAAAGCCAUGAACAUUGCUGGAGAGACUUCAAGCCAUGCAUUCUUAUUGGUGCAAGCAAAGACAGUCAUCACCUUCACACAAGAACUAGAAGAAACUAACGUGAAAGAGAAAGAAACCAUGGCGACCUUUGAGUGCGAGACCAAUGAGCCUUUUGUUAAAGUCAAAUGGCUGAUGAACAAUGUAGAGAUUUUCUCUGGAGACAAAUACAGGAUGCACUCAGACAGAAAGGUUCAUUUCCUUUCUGUACUGAUUAUCAGCAUGAAGGACGAUGCAGAAUACAGUUGUGCUGUUAUUGAAGAUGACCACAUCAGGACCACUGCCAGACUCAAUGUGGAAGGUGCUCCACUGUCAAUUGUGAAGAGGCUGGAGAACAUUGAGGUGCCUGAGACCUACUCUGGGGAGUUUGAGUGUGAAGUGUCUCGAGAAGAUGCUGAAGGUGUAUGGCAUUUUGAGAACAAUGAGCUCACUCCCAGCAGCAAGCAUGCCAUCUCCUCCCGCCGUGGACGCCACAGUUUAUCUGUGAAAGAUGUAAAGAAAGAAGACCAGGGAAAAUAUACAUUCACCACGGGUGAAUUCAAGACUAGUGCCUCCCUGAAAAUGAAACUGCGCCCUGUGACCCUGUUGCAUCCCCUCUCUGAUAUGACAAUCUGUGAGGGUGACAUAAGCCAGUUUGAGGUGCGAUUCUCUCAAGAAGAUGUUGAGGGCACUUGGAUGAAGAAUGGUGUUGCCAUUGAAGCUUCGGAUCGCGUCCACAUGGUUAUUGACAAGCUCAUCCAUAAACUUCUCAUAGAGGAUACAGGCAGGCUUGAUGGUGGAAUGUACUCCUUUGUAGUUCCUGCUCAGGACAUUUCCACCACUGCAAAGCUGACUGUUCAAACGAUUAGCAUCUUGGCCCCACUCAAAGAUAUUACAUCAGUUGAGGGCACCAAGGCUGUUAUGGAGGCUAAAAUCUCUGCUGCAGAUAUUAGCUCAAUUAAGUGGUUCCACAAUGACAAGCUUGUGAUGCCUAGUGAGAGAAUCCAGAUUGUUCCAAAGGGAUCCAAGCAGCGUCUGGUGUUCAAUAGGACCUUCGCCUCUGAUGAAGGAACCUACAAGCUAUGUGUUGGCAAAGCUGACUCUAGCUGUAAACUGAUGGUCCAAAAAAUUUCAAUUGUGAAGCAAAUGGAGGAUCAAGUUUGCACAGAGACACAGCACGUCACAUUUAAUGUGGAAGUGUCACACCCUGGCAUUGAUGGUAUCUGGACCUUCAAGAAACAACAUCUGAAAAAUGACUCCAAGUACAAGAUAGUGACCAAGGGCAAGAACCACAGUAUGACUGUCAUUAAUGCCAUGAAGGAUGAAGAGGGGCAAUACACAUUCGCUGCUGGUGAACAGAUAUCCAGCGCAAAGCUUACAGUGUCAGGUGGCGCUAUAUCCAGACCGCUGCAUGACAUCAUUGUGGCUGACUCUCAGACAGCUGAAUUUGAGUGUGAGGUGGCCAACCCAACUGCUGAGGGCAAGUGGCUGAAGGAUGGACAGCCUUGUAACUUUGGUGAAAAUGUCAGGAGUGAGAAAAAUGGAGCUGUCAGACGUCUUGUUAUUGUCAUCACCAGACCCCAGGACAUCGGUGAAUACACUUACCAGAUUGCAAACUCCAAGACAACAGCCAACCUGAGAGUUGAGGCUGUGAAAGUCAAGAAGACCCUGAAGAACCAAACCGUCACUGAAACACAAGAAGCAGCAUUCAUUCUGGAGCUCACCCAUGAGAAUGUGAAGGGCUCACAAUGGAUUAAGAAUGGUGUAGAGAUCCAACCUAGUGAGAAAUAUGAAGUCACCGUUGAUGGCAUGGUCCAUACCUUGAAGAUCAAGAACUGCACCAUACACGAUGAAUCAGUUUAUGGAUUCAAACUUGGAAAACUAUCUGCUAAUGCCAGAUUGAAUGUUGAGGCUAUCACUAUAACGAAGAAGCCUAAAGAUGUGACAUCACUAUUGGAUGCCACUGCCUCUUUUGAGCUGAGCCUGUCUCAUGAUGACAUCCCUAUCAAAUGGAUGUUCAAUAACGUUGAGCUUAAACCAAGUGAAAACAUCAAAAUGCUGUCUGAGAGAAAAGCUCACAAGCUGAUCAUCCAGAAUGUGGAUGACCAAAAGGCAGGAGAGUACACUGCUAUGGUCGGACAUGUGCAGUGCAGUGCUCAUUUAUAUGUUGAAUCUCUGCGUGUCACAAAACCCAUCAAGAACAUUGAAGUCCCAGAGACCCAGGUGGCCACUUUUGAAUGCGAAGUGUCACAUUUCAAUGUCCCAUCCACCUGGCUGAAGAAUGGAGUGGAGAUUGAAAUGAGUGACAAGUUCAGGAUUGUGGUGCAGGGCAAACUUCACCAGCUCAAGAUCAUGAACACUGGCAGUGAAGACUCUGCAGAAUACACCUUUGUCUGUGGAAAUGACAGAGUCUCUGCAACUCUGAAAGUUAGCCCCAUUUUGAUCACCUCCAUGCUGGAAGACCUCAAUGCACAGGAGAAAGACACCAUCACAUUUGAAGUGAAUGUCAACUAUGAGGGCAUCACCUACAAGUGGCUGAAGAAUGGUGUUGAGAUUCGCUCCACUGACAGAUGCCAGAGCCGCACCAAACAGCUAACUCACUCUCUCACCAUCCGAAAUGUUCAUUUUGGUGAUGGUGCAGAGUACAAGUUUGUUGCCGGCUCUGCUGCAACUACAGCCAGCCUAUAUGUUGAUGCUCGCGUUAUUGAAUUCACCAAGCACAUCAAAGAUAUCAAGAUCACAGAGAAGAAGAGGGCCACUUUUGAAUGUGAGAUCUCUGAGCCUAAUGCUCAGGUGACGUGGAUGAAAGAUGGACAGGAGCUGGAAAUGUCUGAAAGAUACAAAGUCUCCACUGAGAAAUUCUUGCACCGUCUGAUGAUCCAGUCAGUACGGCUGUCUGAUGCUGCAGAGUAUUCUGUGGUCGCUGGUGCAAGCAUGUCAAAGGCUCAUCUCACCGUGGAGGGGCGUGACAUCCACAUCACAGAACCCGAGGAGAAAGAAUUCACGGUUGUUGAGAAACAAAAAGCGUCGUUUGAGUUUGAAGUCAGUGAGGAUGACGUUGAAGGUCGCUGGCUGAGGAACGGUGCUGAGAUCCAGUUCAACCUUGACGAUAGGCUCCACUACAUUGCCAUUAGAAAGGUCCAUCGCAUGACCAUCUCUGAAACCUAUAGAAGUGAUGCAGGGGAGUACACCUUCAUCGCCGGCAAGAACAGGGUCGUGGUGACUCUACAUGUCAAUAUCCCUGAGCCACCUCAGAUAAUUCGCGGCAUGCAGGCCCUGUCUGUGGAGGCCGGAAAACCUGCUCGAUUCUCUGUGGAAGUGACUGGCGUCCCCCAGCCCCAGGUGUUCUGGUACAAGAACUCCCAGGCUCUCUCCCCUGGCUUCAAGUGCAAGUUCCUGUGUGAAGGAAAUGAGCACACUCUGCUUCUCAUCGAAGUCUUCCCAGAGGACGCAGCCUUGUACAACUGCGAGGCCAAGAAUGACGUUGGGCUUGCCACCAGCUCAGCACCACUAAAUGUGGAAGUUUCAGAAGUCGUUUCUCCUGACACUGGAUCUCCACUGUCCAAGCCUGUGAUCAUAACACCAAUGAACAACACCUCAGUCAAUGAGGGAGAGGCUGCUAGGUUCCAGUGCAGAAUCUCUGGUGAAGAUCUAAAGAUCUCUUGGUACGUCCACAAGAAAGAGAUCGGACAGUCCAAUGCCUUCAGGAUGUCCCAGUUCGAUGACACCUGCCAGCUGGAGAUUUCCAGAGUGUACCCCGAGGAUGAAGGGGAAUACACCUGUGUUGCCAGAAACUCAGCAGGAAUGGUCACUUGCGCAGGAUAUCUGGCACUUGAAGUGGUUGAAAAGGAGGUGGAGAAAAAGGAAAAGGAAGUCAAAGUGCCACCGGUUUUCAGGUACAAAAUCCAGCCCUUGGAGAUCAAUGUUGGCAGCCAGGCCAAGUUCGAAUGUGAGAUUGAAGAUGCACCAAAUGUGCAGUUCAAGUGGUUCAAGUCUGGCACUCCUAUCAAAGAGAGUGCAAAUUGCAGGAUCAUCAGUCGGCAAUUGAUAUCUUCAUUGGAGCUUCUGAGCCCAACCAAAGCUGACAGUGGUGAAUAUACCUGCAAGGCUACAAACCAGAAUGGCAGUGACACCUGUGCCGCCAAACUCAACAUAACUGAGCGCAAAAUCUCCCCCAACUUCACCAAGAAGCCUGCAGAGACAAUGGAAGAUACAGAGGGUCAUUUGGUGAAGAUUGAGGGUCGUUUAUCUGGAUCUCAACCCAUUGACAUCGUUUGGUCCAAGAAUCACAGUGAAAUUCACGCCUCUGAUAAGUACGAAAUGGGAUUCAAGAGCAACGUGGCCAUGCUGUAUAUCAAGAGCUCCCAACUCUCAGACAGUGGUGCUUAUACCUGCACAGCCACCAAUGAAGCUGGCAGUGCCUCCUACCAAGUGUCACUUAACAUUUCAGAACACAAGAAGGGCCCUGUAUUCGACAUCCCUCUCAAUCCUGUGACUGUAAAUGAGGGUGAGAACCUGAAGCUUAGCUGCCAUGUCCAUGGAGCCCCUCCUCUGAAGAUUAAUUGGUUGAAGGACAGGAAGGAGAUAAAAUCCUCCACAAACUGCAGAGUUGUUUUUUCUGAUGGCACUGCCUCUUUGGAGGUCCUCCGCACAUCGAAAACAGAUGCAGGAGACUAUCUCUGCAAGGCUACCAACGAUGUUGGAAGUGAAUUUGCAAGGUCCAGAGUGACAAUUAGAGGAAAAGAAGUCAAACCUGAGGCCGCUGCUGCAGCCCCAGCUCCAGCAAAGACUCCAACAAAGAGAUUCGACAACUUGUUCUUUGUGGAUGAGCCCCAGAGUGUCAAUGUAACAGAGAAGGGCACUGCAACUUUCAUUGCCAAAGUUGGAGGUGAUCCUAUUCCUAACGUGAAAUGGAUGAAGGGCAAGUGGAGGCAGAUCACUCAUGGUGGACGCAUCACUAUUGAGCAGAAAGGCCCAGAUGCCAAGUUGGAGAUCACAGAAAUAACUAAAUCUGACUCCGGACAGUACAGAUGUGUCGCAACUAACAAAGCAGGAGAAAUAGAAUGCAGCACUGACCUGAAUGUUGACGAAAGGAAAGACACCGGGGGAAGAGAUGGAGACUUCAGAGCAAAACUGAAGAAGACACCAUCCAAACAGAAAAGUCCAAAGAAGGAGGGAGAGAUUGACCUCGUGGAGAUUCUUAGGGGUGUGGACCCCAAAGACUAUGAAAAAGUUGUUAGAGAAUACGGAAUCACUGACUUCCGUUGUCUUCUUCAGGCCAUUGAGCAGCUGAAGAGAGAGAAAGAAGCGGAAAGUGGAAAACCGGAAACUGAGCAUGGAGGAGGAUCUAAGGACACGGCCAAGUUUAUGGCUGAGUUGCAAUCAAGAAUGCAGGCUGAGCCUGUCACUCUGGUGAGCGACAUUGAAGACCAAGAUACCACUCCAUUAAGCACAGCAACCUUUGAGUGUGACAUCAAGAUCAACUACCCUGAGAUCACCCUGUCCUGGUACAAGGGAACUCAGAAGCUUGACAACGAUGACAAAUAUGAAAUCAGCAUUGUUGGUGACCGUCACAUCUUGAAGAUCAAGCAGUGUCAAACCAAAGACCAGGGAAACUACCGUGUUGUAUGUGGCCCACAUAUCUCCAGCGCCAAAUUGACCGUUGGGGAUGGAGAUCAACAAGCUGGCAUAAUUCACUUCACCAAACGCAUCCGGAGCAUUGAAGUGAAUGAGAACCAAUCUGCUACCUUCGAAUGCGAGUUGUCCUUCGACAAUGCUAUCGUUACAUGGUACAAAGACACUUGGGAACUUAAAGAGAGCCCAAAGUAUAACUUCAGAAGUGAAGGCCGCCGACACUUUAUGACCAUCCGCAAUGUAACCUCUGAUGAUGAAGGCGUUUACUCGGUGAUUGCGCGGUUGGAACCCAACGGUGAAGCUAAAAGCACAGCUGAACUUUACCUUUCAGGCAAAGAAAUUGAAUUAGGAAGGGUUCCUUUUGAUGUCCCAGAUUCAUCAAUACAAGCAUACAAAGAAGAAACAGCUGAAUACUAUUAUGAGGAGAGGACAGAAAUGAGAGGAGAAAGGAUACCCGUUGAUGAAAGUGUUUCCAAAACUCAAGUGGGAACAAGAGAAGGAGUACCUAAAGUUCCUGAAGCUUACAAGAAACCUGAGGAAAGGCCAUCAGCUCCAGCUCCGACCAAAGUACCUGAAGCAAGGAGGCCUCAUGAAGAAAAGAUCACUCCACUGGUUGAACAUGAAAAGCCCUAUCCUCCCACCCCUACAGAAGAAUAUGUUGAACCAAAGCGGCCUAUUUCACGACCAGAACCCAGCAAAGAUGUGCCUAAACCCAUACCUCAUAUGGCUACUGAGCCCAAAGUGGCCCCUGAGACAAAAAUGGCACCUGCAGCUAGGGUUGAAGCUCAACCAAAGCCAAAACCCACUCCCACAAAGACACCAGAAGCUCCUCAUCCCAAAGUUCCUGAGGAAUACCCCAAAGCUGAGCCCAUUAGAAAGCCAGAGUCACCUCCACAAGAGGAAAUUUCAAAAAAAGUGCCAGAAAUAAUCAUCAAGAAAGAAGAACCCACACCUCAACCACCUGCAGCUAAGGUUGUUCCCCAAAAAGUACCAGAGAUCACAAAGAAAGAAGAAUCUGCAAUUCCACCACCUAAACCUAAGGAUGUUCCCAAAAAGACGGAUACUACUCCAACAAAAGUUUUCACGGAUGUUAAAACAACGGAGAGGCCAAAGACAGAUGCAGAUAAAAAGCUGGAAACUAGUAAGCCUAGGCCAGUUGCAGCACCAACUGAAGAGGCAGUUAAAAAGCCACAGCAAGCAACUAGCAAGGCAGAGCCAGCUGCACCAAAGGAAAUCCACACAGAGAAAGUGAAACAGAAGGAUGAGCCGCCUGAGAGAACACCAGUAACUAAACCUAAAAAGGAGGAUGAAGUUGCUCUCACAAAAGAAGUCCCCCAGAAACCAGAGAAAGUUACUCCAGCUGCAAAAUUAGAAGUUACACCUAAGCCCAAAGAAACCCCUGAAGUAAAAGGUAUUGUACUGCCACCAGAGAAGAAAAUCUCUCCAACACCAAAGCCUUCACCUGCUCCCUAUGUAGAAAAAGUAGCAUCCCCUGAAGUGACACCAGACAAGAAAAUCUCUGCACCGAAGCCAAAGCCUUCAGAUGCCCCCCAUGUGGAGAAAGCUUCUCCCCCUGAAGUGAAACCAGUGCAGAAGAAAGCCUCCCCACCACCUCAGAUACCAAAGCCUUCACCUGCUCCUCUUGUAGAAACAGUGUCUCCUACUGAAGUGUCACCAGCUGAAAAGAGAUCCUCCCCACCGAUGAAAACGCCUUCACCUGUUUCACCUAGUGCUUCACCCCCUGAAGAUAAGGGCCCUGUAACAGCACCCGGGGGAGCUGGCAAAGAUGGGAAACCAAAAGAGGAUGCUGCCGGUAGAGGUAGAGGUAGAGGCAUUCAAGCUAAGCAAACCCCCUCACCUGGUGGUGGUCGGGGUAGAGGACUGAAGCCCGGUGCUGGAGGAGACAAACCCCCAGAUGCUAAUCCUUUUGGAUUCCAGCUCAAAGCAGUUCCACUGAAGUUUACGAGACCGCUCAAAGACAUAGUGUUACAGGAGGCUGAAUCAGUCGGCGCUUCUGCUACGUUUGAGUGCGAGGUUUCGCCUUCUACUGCAAUUACUUCAUGGAUGAAAGAUGAUGCCAACAUAAGAGAGAGCCCAAAACACAAGUACUACUCUGAUGGCAAAGAUCGCAAACUGCUCAUCAUUGAUGUGCAAGUUUCUGACACUGGUGAAUAUACUUGUGUUGCCAAGCUGGGCAACAAGGAAAAGACAACAACCGCCAAACUAAUAGUAGAAGAAUUGCCUGUGAAGUGGGUAAAGACUCUGGAAGAGGAUGGUAUGUCGGUCCUCAAGAGUCAGCCUAUGUACCUGACCUGUGAGUUGAACAAAGAGAGAGAUGUGGUCUGGAAGAAAAGUGGUGUCCCUCUUAAAAACAUCCCUGGAAAAGUGGCUAUCAAUGUCAUUGGAAUGCAGCAUGCCAUUACAAUCCAGGACACGGGAGAUGACGACGCUGGGAUCUACGCUUGCGAGUGUGAUGACAUCAGGACUAAAACAGAUGUCAAAAUCAUUGAAAUUAUCAGAGACUGGUUGCAGAAACCAUUGAGAGAUCAGCAUGUGAAACCCAAGGCCACUGCCACUUUCAAAUGCGAGCUCUUCAAAGAAACCCCCAACUGGAAGUGGUUCCAUGGCGACAAGGAGAUUCCUAAUGAUCCCACUGACAAGACUGAGGUUAAGAAAGAAGGCAAAGAACUGACUCUCAUAGUUAAGAAAGUAUCACCUGAUGAUAUUGGGCAAUAUGCCAUGGAGGUUGAAGGCCGCAGAUACACAGCUAACCUGACUCUUGGAGAACGUGAAGCUCAGAUCUUGAAGCCUAUCUCCAGUAUGGAGGUUGUUGAGAAAGAGGAGGUUACGUUUGAAACUGAAAUAUCUGAAGAGGAUGUGGCUGGAGAAUGGAAACUUAAAGGUCAAGUCCUGCAAAGAUCACCGAUGGUUGAAAUCAAAUCUGAGGGCCAGAAACGUUUCCUCACUCUCAAAAAUGCUCAGCUUGACCAGUGUGGUGAAGUGUCUUAUCAAGCUCUGAACGCUAUCACGAGUGGGGUGCUCACAGUCACAGAAAUGGAAAUGGACUUCACAGUCCCCUUGAAGGACGUGUCUGUACCUGAAAAGAAACAGGCUAUGUUUGAGUGUACUAUCACAAAGGAUGUGCCUAAAGUCAUGUGGUUAAAGGGGUCAGACAUCCUGUCGACAGGCGAUAAAUAUGACAUUAUUGAUGAUGGAAAGAAACAUAUAUUGGUCAUAAACAACUGUGAAUUUGAUGAUGAGGGACAAUACACUAUUGAAGUCUUGGGCAAAAAGUCAACAGCCCAGUUGACUGUGGAGGGUAUGAGGCUCAAAUUCAUAACACCACUAAAGGACCAAACUGCCAAGGAAGGUCAAACAGCUCGGUUUGAGGUUGAGCUCUCUCAUGAGAAGGUACCCCUGACAUGGUACAAAAAUGAAAUGAAACUCCAUGUGAGCAGGACUGUGCUCAUCCAUUUUGAAGGAAAGAAACACACCUUAGAAAUCAAGGAGUUGACUCUAGAUGAUACCUGCCAGAUUAAGGCAGAGGCUAAAGGAAUUCCCUCAACGGCAAACUUGACGGUGCUAGAGGGUGACGCAUACUUCACAGUGAAGUUGCAGGAUUACACCGCAGUCGAGAAGGACGAGGUCACUCUGGACUGUGAACUCAGCAAAGAUGUCCCUGUGAGGUGGUACCAUAAUGAGACUGAAAUUAAGGCCUCUAAGAUGGUAACCAUAAGGGCUGAGGGCAACAAAAGAAUGUUGUCUAUCAAGAAAGUGGAAGGAAAAGAUAAGGGACAAUACCUAUGUGAUUGUGAUACGGACAAGACCAUGGCAACCAUUAGCAUUGAAGCUCGUGAUAUCAAGGUAUCUCGCCCAAUGUAUGGUGUUGAGCUCUUCGAUGGCGAGACCGCUCGUUUUGAAGUGGAAAUCUCUGAAGAUGAUGUCCAUGGCCAGUGGAAACUGAAGGGAGAAACCCUUUCACCUUCCCCAGAUAUUGAAAUCAUUGAGGAUGGUGCCAAGCACACUUUGACAUUAUACAACUGCAAGGUCUCCCAGACAGGAGAGGUUGGAUUCACAGCUGCCAAUGCUAAGUGUACAGCCAACCUGAAAGUGAAAGAACUGCCACUGACCUUUAUCACACCUUUGAGUGAUGUGCAAGUGUAUGAGAAAGAUGAGGGAAGAUUUGAGGUUGAGAUUUCAAGACCAACCAAGACCUUCCGUUGGCUCAAGGGAUCUCAGGAGUUGGAAAAUGAUGACAAGUUUGAGAUUAUCCAUGAAGGAAAGAUACACACUCUGGUGGUCAAAAAGGCUGCAUAUGAGGAUGAAGCUAAAUACAUAUUUGAGGCUGAGGACAAGAGGACCACAGGAAAAUUAGUUAUCCAAGGUAUACGCCUUGAGUUUGUCAAGCCCAUCAAGGAUGUCACAGUCAAGGAGCGUGAAACAGCAGAGUUCAGUAUUGAACUGUCACAUGACAAAAUCUCUGUCGUCUGGUACAAGAACGACAUCCGUCUGCACCCCAGCAAGGUUGUGCACAUGUCAGACAAUGGCAAGAUGCACACCUUGACUUUCAAGCAGGUGUCCAUUGAUGACACAUCCAUGAUCAAAGUGGAAGCCUUGGGCAAGAGCUCUGAGGCCAUGCUCACUGUUCUUGAGGGAGAACCUUACUUUGUGACAAAACUGCAAGACUACACUGCCGUUGAGAAGGACGAAGUGAUGCUGGUUUGUGAACUUAGCAAGACCUCUGCUGAGGUGAAAUGGUUCAAGGACGGCCAGGAAAUCAUGCCUAGCAAGAAUCUGAUCAUUAAAACCGAUGGAAAGAGGCGUUUGCUGACAGUGAAGAAAGCAGAGAAGGGCAACAUUGGAGAGUACACUUGCGAUUGUGGUUCUGACAAAACCACAGCCAGGCUGGACAUUGAGGAGCGUGACAUUAAGGUUGUUCGUCCACUGUACAGCGUGGAAGUGACAGAAACUGAAAUUGCCAAGUUUGAGACCGAGAUCUCUGCCGAUGAUGUCCAUGGUCACUGGAAACUCAAAGGAGAGGCCCUUCAUCAGUCUCCUGACUGUGAGAUUAAGGAGGAGGGUACAAAGCAUGUCCUUAUCCUAUACAAUGUUCGCAUGGAUCAGGCCGGAGGUGUCGACUUCCAGGCUGCCAAUGCUAAAUCCAAUGCUCAGCUUAGAGUUAAAGCGCGGAGUAUAGGGCUUAUGCGGCCUCUCAAGGAUGUUACUGUUACUGCCGGGGAGACCGCCACUUUCGACUGUGAACUUACUUAUGAAGGAAUCGUUGUAGAAUGGUUCUUGGGAAGCACCAAGAUGGAGCUAGGUGAAAGGGUGGUCACCAGAGCAGAAGGCAGAGGACACAGCCUAACUAUCAGAAAUGUCAAGCUGACAGAAGCUGGGGAAGUCGGGCUCACUGCAAAGGACUUCAAGACCCAGGCCAAACUCAUUGUCAGGGAGCCACCAGUUGAGUUCACCAAACCUCUGGAGGACCAGACAGUUGAGGAAGAGGCCACUGCUACAUUGGAGUGUGAAGUCUCCAGGGAAAACGCUGAGGUCAGGUGGUUCAGAGACACACAGGAGAUCCGCAAAACUAAGAAAUAUGACCUUAUUGUUGAUGGCCGAAAGAGAAGACUCAUCAUUCAUGGCUGUACUCUAGAUGACUCAAAGACAUAUACAUGCGAUGCUAAAGAAUUCAAAACCUCUGCUUUCCUGAAUGUUGAACCUCCACAUGUUGAGUUCUCUAAGCCACUCCAUGAUGUUGAGGUCAAAGAAAAGGAAAAUGCCAGAUUUGAGUGUGAGGUGUCUCGUGAGAAUGCCAAGGUCAAAUGGUACAAGGACGGCAACGAGAUCAGAAAGGGAAAGAAAUACGAGAUCAUUGCCAAUGGUGUCAAGCGUAUCCUUGUGGUCACCAAGACAGUCUUCGAUGAUGAAGCAGAGUACGAAUGUGACGCUAAGACCUCCAAGUCCUCUGGCAUGCUGACAGUUAUUGAGGAAGAGGCUAAGUUUACCAAGAACCUGUCUAAUGUGGAGGGAACAGAAACAGACAGUGUGAAGAUGAUUUGUGAAGUGUCGAAGGCCAGCGCUGAGGUCACCUGGUGGAAGGGAGACCAGGAACUACCAGAAGGAGGAAGAUAUGAACAGGUCACGGAUGGAAGGAAGAGAAUCUUCAUUAUUCAAGAUCUCAAGAUGGAGGAUGCUGGAGAGUAUAACUGCAGACUGCAUAACGCCAAGACAUCUGCAACAUUAACACUGAAUGAACUGGCUGCGGAGUUCAUUGCCAGGCCUCAGAGUCUUGAGGUGGUUGAAGGAGAAAAGGCUGAAUUUGUCUGCUCAGUCUCUAAAGACACCUAUGAAGUCAAAUGGCUCAAGGGUGACAAGGAGAUUGUUUCCGGAGAUAAGUAUGACGUUGUCUGUGAUGGCAAGAGAAGAGCACUGAUAGUGAAGAAUUGUACACCAAAUGAUGAAGGAGGCUAUGUCGCCUUCAUUGGGACUACCAAAGCCUCAGCUGACUUGUUUGUCAUUGAGAAACUCAGGAUCAUCACACCCAUCAAGGAUACGCAAGUGAAGGAAGGACAGGAGAUCAUCUUCAACUGUGAGGUGAACACUGAGGGAGCUAAAGCUAAGUGGCUGAAGAAUGAGGAGACCAUGUUUGAGAGCAGCAAGUUUGUCAUGAUCCAGAAAGACAACGUGUUCUCUCUGAGGAUCAAGGGUGCUCAGAAGGCAGAUGAAGCAACGUAUACUAUUACAUUGACAAAUCAUCGUGGUGAACAUGCCAAGAGCGAUGCCAAUGCCAAAGUACAAGAGGAGAAGCUCAAGAUUAUUGAGCCUCUUGAGGACUGUGAGACACAAGAGAAGAAGACCAUCAGCUUCACCUGCAAGGUGAACAGACCUGAUAUCACCAUCAAAUGGAUGAAGGCUGGCCAGGAGAUCACCAUGAGCAAACGCAUCCUGUACCGUGUGGAGAAAGAUAAGCACACACUGACCAUCAAGGACUGUGUCAUGGACGAUGAGGGUGAAUACACCGCCAUGGCUGGUGAUGACAAGUGCACUGCUGAGCUGAUCCUCAACGAAGCUCCCACUGACUUCUCCACACCACUCAAAGACCAGACCAUCACUGAGUUUGAGGAUGCUGAGUUUUCUUGCAAGCUGUCUAAAGAGAAGGCUGUUGUUAAAUGGUACAGGAAUGGUCGUGAGAUCAGAGAGGGACCCAGAUACUCAUUUGAAAAAGAUGGCAGGAUUUGCAAACUCAAGAUCAAGAAGUGCAGACCAGACGAUGAGUGUGAAUAUGCCUGCGGUGUGGAAGACAGGCGAUCCAGGGCCCGCCUCUUUGUUGAAGAGACCCCAGUUGAGAUCGUCAGACCACCUCAGGAUGUGUUUGAGCCCCCAGGCUCAGAUAUUGUGUUUGAGGUGGAGCUCAACAAAGACAGAGUUGAGGUCAAAUGGAUGAGGAACAACAUGAUCAUCGUCCAGGGUGACAAAUACCAGAUGAUGAGCGAGGGCAAGGUCCACAGACUCCAGGUGUGUGAGGUCAGGCCUCGUGACCAGGGAGAGUACAGAGUCGUUGCCAAGGAGAAGGAUGCCAGAGCCAAGCUGGAACUGGCAGCUGUGCCAAAGAUCAAGACUACUGAUCAGAACCUGGUCACAGACGCUGGAAAGCCUUUUGUCAUGGCGAUCCCCUAUGAUGCCUAUCCUCGUGCAGAGGCUGAGUGGUUCUUCAACAUCGUUAGCCUGCCUGUGCAGAACAUUGACACCUCCGCAGACAAGACAGAAUACAGGCUGAAGAGCCCCAAGAAGACAGAUCAGGGCAGGUACAAGAUCGUCAUCAAGAACAAACACGGACAGGGAGAGGCAUUCAUCAAUCUGGAUGUUAUUGAUGUCCCUGGACCUGUGAAGAACCUCAAAGUGGUUGACACCGCCGACGGUGAGGUCAGCCUGGCCUGGGAAGAGCCAGAGAGUGAUGGUGGCAGCAAGAUCAUUGCAUAUGUGGUGGAGAGGCGUGAUAUCAAGCGCAAGACAUGGACCCUUGCCACUGACCGUGCUGACGCUCCAGAAUACUCUGUUAGCGGUCUCCAGAGGGACAACAAGUACCUCUUCAGAGUAUGUGCUCGCAACAGAGUGGGCAGUGGACCCACUGUGGAGACAGACGAAGCUGUCCAGGCCAAGAAUAAGUUUGAUGUGCCAGAGGCACCUGAGGACGUUGUGGUUGGCAUCGUGAACAGAUUCGGAGCCACAGUCUCCUGGGAAAAACCAAAGUCUGAUGGCGGAUCUGAGAUCACCUCCUACAUCAUUGAGUUCCGUGACAGGACCUCUGUGAGCUGGGAGGUGGCUAUGAUCGCCAAGGCUCUGGACCGCACAGCCACUCUCACUGAUGUGGUUGAGAACAAGGAAUACAUCUUCCGUGUCAAAGCCGAAAACAAGGCUGGCAUUGGCAAGCCAAGUGCUGCCACGGAUCCAGUUAAGAUCAUGGACCCCAUUGAGAAACCAAGCCCACCAUUGAACUUCAACUACACUGACCAGACAAAGAACUCUGUCCAGCUGACAUGGGAGACCCCCGCCAGCAAUGGAGGAAGCAUGAUCACUGGCUACAUUAUUCAGAAGUGUGAGGAUGGAACAGACAAGUGGCUCAGAUGCAAUGCCAGGCUCUGUCAGGACCUUAACUACAAGGUAUCUGGACUGAAGCAGGGGAUGAAGUACCACUACAGAGUGUGCGCAGAGAACGCAGCCGGAGUUUCAGAUCCAGCUGAUAAGCUUGGACCUCUCUUGGCAGACGAUUGUCAUGUUGGACCUUCCAUGGAUCUCAGUGGAUUUAAGGAUGGCCUGGAGGUCAUUGUUCCUCAUCCACUUGUCAUCCGCGUCCCUCUUCUUGGAUAUCCCACACCCACCGCCAAGUGGAGCUGUGGUGAUAAAGAGCUCACUGCUGGUGACCGUGUGUCCAUGGUUACAAGGAGCACCUACACAGAACUGACAGUGGCUCCAAGUGUGCGUCCAGACAAAGGCACAUACACUCUGCACCUGGAGAAUGAUGUGACCAGUGCCUUUGGAGAGAUUGAAGUCAAUGUUAUUGCAUCACCAAGUGCACCCAAAGACUUCAAGGUUUCCGAGGUGACACGACACCAUGUGCACCUGAUGUGGGAGGCACCAGAGCAUGAUGGAGGAAGCCCAGUUAUUGGCUACCAAAUUGAAAAGAAGGAAGUGUCCCGCAAGACCUGGGUCAAGGUUUGCAUGGGUGUACAGGACCUGGAGUUCACUGUGGCAGAUGUCAUUGAAGGCAAAGAGUAUUUGUUCAGUGUUACUGCUAUCAACAAGUGUGGCCCAGGAGAGCCUGCCUACAUUGACGAGCCAGUCAAUGUGUCCUCCCCUGCCACUGUGCCGGAUCCACCUGAGAACCUGAAAUGGAGAGACAAGUCAGGAAAGGGCAUCUUCCUGUACUGGGAGCCACCCAAGUACGACGGCGGAGCUUCAAUCAAGAGCUACGUUGUAGACAAAUGCCAGCGUGGCACAGACAAGUGGGAGCCAUGUGGAGACCCACUGCCUGAGCUGAAAUUCCAGGUGACAGGUCUGAUUGAGGGACAGUGGUAUGCCUACCGUGUGAGGGCUGUCAACAGGCUGGGAGCAGGCAAACCCUGCAGGGCUACAGAUGAGAUCCUGGCUGUUGAUCCUAAAGAGCCUCCAGAGAUUCAACUGGACGUGAAGUUGCUGGCUGGUUUGACCGCCAGAGCCGGAACCAAGAUUGAGCUUCCAGCUGAUAUUGUCGGAAAGCCCGAACCCAAGGUAAAAUGGACCAAGGCUGACCUGGUCCUGAAGGGAGAUGAUCGCAUCACCAUCGAUACCAAGACAGGAAACUCCACUUUGUCUAUCGCCAAAACCGUCAGAGAAGACACAUCUACUUACAUCAUUGAGGCAGUCAACAGCAGUGGUCGUGCUACCGCAACUGUUGAUGUCAACAUUCUUGAUAAGCCUGGUCCUCCAGCUGCGUUUGAUAUCUCUGAGAUCACCAACCACUCCUGCUACCUGGCCUGGAACCCUCCCAGAGACGACGGAGGUUCUGUCGUCACCAACUACAUUGUGGAGCUCAGACCCUUCGACAAAGAGGAGUGGACCAAACUGUCAUCCACUGUGAAACAAACCACCUUCAAUGCCACAAAACUUAUACCUGAAAAGGAAUACGUCUUCAGAGUACAGGCUGAGAACCAGUACGGCAUCGGCGCCCCUAAUGAGCAUGUGCCAAUCAUCGCCAAAUACUCCUUUGAUCCUCCUGGUGCUCCAUCCAGAUUGCAGCCUUCUGAUAUUGCUAAGGACUCUCUGACUCUGACAUGGUACGAGCCUGAUGAGGAUGGUGGCAGUCCGAUCACUGGGUACUGGAUCGAGAGGUUCGACCCAGAAAAUGACAAAUGGAUCAGAUGCAACAAGCUGCCCAUCAAGGACAUCACCUUUAGGGUGAAGGGCCUGCCUACUAAGAAGAAGUACAAGUUCCGUGUCUUGGCCGAGAAUCUUGCAGGACCAGGAAAACCAAGCACUGAGACUGAUCCAGUCUUGGUCAAGGAUCCAAUUGAUCCUCCAUGGGCUCCUGGCAAACCCUUCAUCAGAGAAAUAGCUAAGACAUCUGCCUUCCUGCAAUGGACCAGGCCAGAGCACGACGGCGGUGCCAAGAUCGAGGGUUACAUCAUUGAGUUCCUGAAGACUGGUACCGAAGCAUGGAUCAGAGCAGCAGAGGACGUGCCCCAGACUGAGCACUUCCUGAAGGGUUUGAUGGAGAAACAGGAGUACUCAUUCAGAGUCAAGGCCGUCAACUGCGCAGGAGAGAGUGAGCCCAGUGACCCUAGCGAUCCUGUGGUCUGCAAGGAAAGACUCUAUCCUCCAUCACCUCCUCAAUGGCUUGAGGUGGCCAACAUCACAAAGAUCAACGCUGAGCUGAAGUGGCAAGCUCCUGACAACGACGGUGGCUCUCCAAUCACCAACUACGUUGUUGAGAAGAGGGACGUCAGGCGUAAGGGCUGGACUGCGGUGGACACCACUGUGAAGGAGCUGAAGUACACUGUCACUCCACUGAAUGAGGGCUCUCUCUAUGUGUUCCGCGUGGCUGCUGAGAACGCAGUCGGACAGAGUGAUUACUGUGAACUGGAAGACUCUGUUCUAGCUAAAGAUACUUUCACCACUCCUGGGCCACCUUAUGCCUUAACUAUUGUGGAGGUGUCCAAGAGACACGUUGAACUGAAAUGGGAAGCUCCAAAGAGUAAUGGUGGGAGGCCCAUUACAAAGUACGUCAUUGAGAAGAAAGAGAAACUUGGAACCCGCUGGGUGAAGUCUGGAAAGACCCCUGACGCUCUGUGCACCUACAAAGUCACAGACGUGGAUGAGGGCACUGAGGUUCAGUUCCAGGUCCGUGCUGAGAAUGAGGCCGGUGUUGGACACCCUAGUGAACCAACAGAAGUAGUCACCAUUGAGGAUGCUACAAGUCCACCAUCUCCUCCUGUUGACUUGGUCAUAGUUGGUGCCAGUAGAGAGCAUAUCAACAUUACCUGGAAGGUACCAUUGAAGAAUGGAGGUAGCCCCAUCACAGGAUACCAUGUUGAGCUCCGAGAGGCUAAAGCUGAGAAGUGGAUGAGAAUCAACACUCGCCCAGUCAAGGAGCUCAAAUACAAAGCAGAGGAAAGCGUCAAGCCAGAGAAACAAUAUGUCCUGAGAGUCCGUGCCAUCAACUCUGUUGGUGUCAGCGAUCCUUCUGCCAUUUCUGAGAAGGUCUUUGCCAAGGAUCCAGACUGUAUUCCUACUAUGGACAUGGAGGCCCUAGACAUUGUGGUGGUUGAGGGUGACAAGCUGCAUAUCAACAUCCCAUACAAUGCCAUCCCCAAACCAGAGAUGGUCUGGAGCAAAAUCUUCCACACAGAUACUGCCAUUGGCACAAAGUUACAGAAUGAUGACAGACUGUCGAUGACUUGUGAGCUCAACAGUGUCCACCUGGAAGUGAUGAAGUGUGUGCAUGAUGAUGCUGGAGAAUACUCCGUCACUCUGGAGAAUGCGAUCGGAACAGCCACCAGAAUCAUCAACGUUAAAGUUAUUGGUCUGCCCGGCCAAUGCAAGGACAUCAAUGCAGAUGAGAUCACUAAGAACUCCUGCAAGCUGACAUGGGAGGCUCCAGAGAGUGAUGGUGGUACUCCAAUUCUCCACUACGUUCUGGAGCGUAGAGGGGCUUCUAAUAAGACUUUCAGGCCUCUAAUGUCAGGAGAAAACAUCCUGACCUACCAGGUCAACGAUCUCAAGCUGAACGAAGAAUAUCACUUCCGGGUCAAGGCUGUCAACAAUGUCGGCUCUGGGCCAUUCCUGGAGCUCCGCAACCCUGUCAUCACUAUGGAAGUGAAACAGAAACCAGAUCCACCCAUUGAUGUUGAGGCUCAUGAUCCAACCGCCAACUCUAUCACACUGACCUGGAAACCACCAGUGUCUGACGGUGGUUGCGCCAUCACUGGCUACAUCCUAGAAUGCAUUGAGAAGGAUGGUGAUAGAUUCCAGAGAAUCAACCCAUCCCUGGUGCCUGGUUUCACCUAUGUGGUGAAGGAUAUGAAGGAAGGCAAAGAGUAUCAGUUCCGUGUUCGCGCUGAGAACGCUGCUGGAGUCAGCGAGCCGUCUCGCAGCACUCCAAUGACCAUGAUCGCUGCUCCCGUUGAAAAACCCAAGGUGUCCCUCCAUGCUCGCCUGCAGCAUGGCCUGUGCAUCAGGAAGGGUGAGGAGAUCCGCCUGGACGCUUACAUCUCUGGCGCUCCAUACCCAACUGUCACCUGGCUCAGGAACAACGAAGACGUCAAGAAUGUACCAGAGAAGAAGCCAGUACCGCCUAUUCUGAAGAAGAAGAAGGGGGGCAAGGUUGAACCUGAAGAACCUGAGGUGUUCGUAACCCCUCUUCAUGAGCGUCUUUCUUAUGCUGUAAAGAAGGGCGAGACCUCAAUCAUGGUGCGAGACUCCAUCAGAGCUGACCACGGUCACUUCUGCAUCCAGGCCGAGAACUCUCAUGGUGUUGCAACUGCAUACUGUGACGUCAACGUCCUUGAUAAACCUGGACCUCCAGUGAACUUUGUCUUUGAGGAGAUCAGGGACACCUCUGUCAUCUGCAAGUUCGACCCUCCUCUUGACGAUGGUGGUAGUGAGAUCCUGAACUACAUCCUUGAAAAGAAAGACAACAAGAAUGAAGAUAUCGGAUGGAUCACGGUAACUUCAACCCUCAAGGUUUGCAACUAUCCUGUUACCAAACUGAUUGAAGGAAAGGAGUACAUCUUCCGUAUUACCGCUGAGAACAAGUUUGGCUGCGGACCUUCAUGUCUCUCUGAGCCAGUCGUUGCCAAGAACCAAUUCGAUCCACCUGAUGCUCCAAACACACCCAGAAUUGGAGAGGUAACUGCCAACAGUGUGUUCAUCUCCUGGCAUGAGCCCAAGGACAACGGUAGUCCCAUCCUGGGCUACUGGAUCGAGAGGAAGGAAAUGAACAGCAAACACUGGACUAGGGUGAACCGCUUCCUGCUCAAUUCCCUCUCUGUGAAGAUUGAGGGUCUUAUGGAAGGCCUAGUAUACAUAUUCAGAGUCUGUGCUGAGAAUCUGGCUGGCCCCGGACCCUUCAGUGUCCCAACUGAUCCCCAGAUUGCUAUGGAUCCAAUCUUGCCACCUGGCCCACCCACUCCAAGAGUUAUUGAUACCUCUGCGACAACAGUUGAUAUUGCCUGGGUUCCCCCCCUGUACAAUGGAGGAGGAGAUAUACUUGGCUACCAUGUUGAGAGUGUUCUGGCUGGAGAGAAGGAAUGGAAACGUAGUACAGAGUUCAGAUGCAAGGAGCUAAAGUAUACAGUGACUGGGCUGACGGAGGGCGCUGACUAUUACAUCCGGGUUAUUGCUGUCAAUGACGCCGGACCGGGAGCACCUGGCAUGACUGAACCAGUCACUGUGAAGGAGCCUCAAGAGCCCCCAGUGGUUGACUUUGAUGCCUCUGUGAAGAACGGAGUCAUCAUCAAAGCCGGCGAGGCUCUGAGACUGCCAGCGUUCGCCAUCGGCAGACCACAACCAGAAGUGAAAUGGAUGAAGGAUGAGGGUGAAACUGACAAAGAGCAUGUUGUGAUCGAAACAGAAGGAAAGAACAGCCUUCUGUUCAUCAAGUACGCCAAGAGAACUGAUCACGGAAAGUACCAGAUCUCUGGAACCAACAGCAGUGGAACCAAGUCUGCUGUCACUAGAGUUGACGUCAUGGAUGUCCCUGGGCCUGUGGUUAAUCUGAAGACUACUCAUGUCACCAAGAAGAACAUCAGCUUGAGCUGGGCAGAUCCUCUAGAUAACGGUGGCAGCGAUGUCAUCGGCUACGUAGUGGAGAAAAAGGAUGCAAAAAUGAAGCUAUUCAGACAACCUAUCGAGACUGCUUCCUGCAAGUGUGACAUUCAGGGUUUGCUUUCAGAGGAAGAGUACGAUUUCCGUGUUUUUGCAAGGAACAAGUACGGUGAUGGCGCCCCAACGGACAUUGGGCCUAUUCUGGCUUCGGAUCCCAAAGCUGUUCCAUCUCCACCAUUGAAACUGCACUACACCGAGAGGUGGACGACUGCUAUUGCUCUUGCUUGGGAGCCACCUCGCAGCGAUGGAGGUAGCCCAAUCACGGGUUACUAUGUUGAGAAGAUGAGAGCAGAUGGAAAUGAGUUUGAUGUGGCCAAUCGCAAGCUCUGCAAAGACUUACACAUCAAAUUGGAGAACCUAUCAGAGAACCACGUGUAUCAGUUCCGUGUGUUUGCCGUGACUGAGGUGGGAGAGGGCGAACGCUCCAAACCAAUCAGUGCUAACAUACAGGAUGAUGAAAUUCCCCCCGAAAUCUCAAUCUUGGAGCAUUUCAAGAGAGAUACAAUCAUUGUGAGGAAGGGAGCGGCUAUUGAGAUCCCUGCUGAGGUGGUGGGUCUGCCAAUGCCAGAGGUUCAGUGGUCUAAGGAUGACGUCGUCAUCCCCAUGGCUACUGAGACACUGCUGAUGGAGUUCGAGGAGGUGGCCCGCACCAAGUGCACCACCAAAAUCAGCAUCCCUGAGACUAUCAGAGGAGACAAGGGAGACUACAAACUGGCUGCCACCAACUGCCAUGGCAAAGCACACCGCAUCAUCCAUGUGGAGGUUCUAGACCGCCCUCUGCCACCACGUGACAUUGUGGUGUCUGACAUCCAGGCUGAGUCUUGCUAUCUGACUUGGGCGGUCCCAGAGGACGACGGGGGUAGUGAGAUCACCAACUACAUCAUCGAAAGGAGGGACGCCAGCAGGAAGAAGUCUGACUUUGAGCAGCUCACCUGCAAUAUCAUUGAUAGGAGAUAUGGGGUGUACAAAAUGGACAGGAUGGGCCAGUACCAAUUCAAAAUCAAAGCUGAGAACAAGUUCGGAAUCAGUGACGGUUGUGAAUCCGAGAAGGUCGUUCUCAAGGAUCCAUUUGGUCUUCCUGGUCCACCUCGCAAACCAAAGGUCAUCGCAGCAACUUCCACUACCAUGACGAUCACCUGGGAGCCUCCACUGCAGAACGGUGGCUCCUCCAUUCAGGGAUACUGGCUGGAGAAAAGAGAGAGAGGAGCUGGGAUCUGGGGUCGUGUGAACAGAGCUCCAGUCACCAAGCCUGCAGUGAAGGGUUUGGAAUACACAGUCCUCCGCCUUAAUGAAGGGGCUGAGUACCAGUUCAGAGUGAGGGCUCAGAAUGCUGCUGGAAUCGGACCUCCCAGUGAAGCAUCUCCAUGUCAAUUCGCUGUUGAUCCACGCAAUCCCCCAAGUGCACCAGGAAUGCCAGUUGUUAAGGACAAGACCAAGACCAGCGUCACUCUCACCUGGACCCCACCAGAGAAAGAUGGCGGCAGCCCAGUCAAGGGCUACAUCGUUGAGGUUCAGGACACAGACUCCCUAGAUUGGAAGAGAGUCAGUGACCCUGAGAAGCUGCACCCUACCACUGAGAUCACUGUUCCAGACCUGAAAGAAGGCCAGAAGAUCAGAUUCAGAGUCACCGCUGUCAACGCUGCUGGCAAAUCUGAACCAAGCGCACGUUCUGCUGACAUCACUGUCCAGGACAUCUUAACUGAACCAAACAUUACUCUGGAGGUCAGCGCCCAUGAGCUGUUGUCCUGCAGAGCUGGAACUACCAUUAAAAUCCCAGCUCUCAUCACCGGCCGUCCCACUCCUAAAGUUACAUGGGAGUUCAAGGAUGGAACAGCAGAGACCGAGAAGAAGAAUGAGAUCCAUAUCCUUCCAAUCGAUUCAAAGAUCGUGUCAACUGAUACAACAUCAGUUGUCACCAUCCCUGAGAGCCACCUCAAACAUGCCGGACGUUACAUCAUCACAGCGGAAAACGCAGCUGGACACAAGAACAUGAAAGUCAGAGUCAAUGUCCUUGAUCUGCCUGGCCCACCCAAAGACCUCAAAGUCACAGACAUCACAAGAGGUACAUGUAGACUUACAUGGAAGGCUCCAGAUAGUGACGGUGGUGAGAGGAUCAAGAGUUACUUCAUUGAGAAGAAGACUGUGGAAGGAAAAGCUUGGACCAAGUGCAACCCAGCCUGUGCUGCCCAGUCCUUUAUUGUGCCCGACCUCAUUGAGGGACAGGAUUACCUGUUCCGUAUCCGGGCGGAGAACCGCUUUGGAUUUGGACCACUAGUUGAGACCAUUGAACAUUCAAAGGCUAGAGAUCCUAUCCAUCCUCCUGAUGCUCCCACAAGGGUAAAGAUUCAAGAAGUGACUAAGGGCACAGCCACCCUGACUUGGAAGCCACCCAGGAAUGACGGUGGAGCUCCAGUGACACACUACACUGUUGAACGUCUGUGCUGGGACAGUAGUGGAUCUCAGAAGCAGUCCUGGAGACAGUGCAACAGACGUGAUAUUGAUGACCUCACCUUCAAGAUUGAGGACCUGACUGAAGGAGAAGAGUAUGAGUUCCGUGUCAAGGCCGUGAACGAAGCCGGCCCCAGCAGACCAUCAUCUACCGUUGGACCAGUCGUCAUCCAAGACCAGACACGUGCUCCUGCUAUUGAACUGGAGGAGUUCAUGGAGGUUGAACAAGGAGCUGAUAUCAGCAUCAAGGCAAAGAUCAGGGGCUGUCCAUUCCCCACUCUCACCUGGCUCAAGGCUCCAGCCCACAAGGGUGACGAGAAGGUUGAGGUUGCAUAUGACGAGCACAUCAACAAGAUUGUGUCUGAUGAUAGCUGCAUACUGCUGAUCCAGCAGGGAAAGCGCUCAGAUACAGGCCUCUACACUAUCACAGCCAGUAACAGCCUAGGAAAGGCCUCCAAGGAGAUGAGACUCAACGUCUUGGGACGUCCUGGACCACCAUCCGGUCCUGUGAAGUUUGAGGAGGUCGACGCUGAGAAGAUCACCCUGUCAUGGCUGCCACCUAAGGAUGACGGUGGCUCCAGAGUGACCAACUACGUCAUUGAGAGGCGUGUAGCCAACAGGAAGACAUGGAUCCCUGUGACCAACGAACCCAAGGAGCGUAUCUGGACGGUGGAGGGCCUGAUGGAAGGGCAUGAGUAUGUGUUCCGAAUUUGUGCUCAGAACAAAUAUGGAGUUGGAGAGCCUCUGGACAGUGAACCUGAAGAAGCCAGGAAACUCUAUGCUGUUCCUGGCCAAUGCGAAAAGCCAACCAUUUCAGCUGUUGACCAUGAUUCUAUGAUGGUCAACUGGGAAGAACCAGAAGACGAUGGAGGCAGUCCAGUGACUGGCUAUUGGCUGGAGCGUAAGGAAACCACCUCUAAGCGCUGGAACAGAGUGACGCGCGACCCCAUCCGGGCCAUGGCUUUCGGGGUGUCCCAUAAUGUGACUGGACUCAUUGAGGGGUCACAGUACCUCUUCCGGGUCACAGCUAUCAACGCAGCAGGAUGUGGACCUCCUAGCGCGUGCACCGACCCCAUCUUUGCCAGAGAUCCUAUCUCCGUCCCUGGACCUCCAACACCAAAGGUCACAGACUGGACCAAGUCAUCAGUGGAUCUAGUCUGGAUCCCACCUCUGAAGGAUGGUGGAUCUAAGAUCACGGGAUACAUUGUUGAAUACUCAGAGGAUGGAACAGACAAAUGGGUUAAAGCUAAAGACAAGGAGCACAGAAGCACCAAGUUGGUCAUUACUGGAUUGAAGACCGGUGGAUUCUACAAGUUUAGAGUGACAGCAUUGAAUGCUGCAGGCCCCAGCGAACCCGGUGAAGUCCCAGACGCUAUUAAGGUUGAAGACAGAACAAUUGCUCCUGAGGUUGACCUUGAUGCCACAGUGAAGGAAAGGAUGGUAGUCCAUGCCGGUGGUGUGAUCCGCAUCCUGGCCUUUGUGUCUGGCCAGCCUGCUCCAAAGAUCACAUGGAGCCGUGAUGACGGUGCUCUACCACCAGAAAGUGCAGUUGAGACCACCGCUAUCAGCUCAUCGCUGGUCAUCAAGCCCUGCACCAGAAGACACCAAGGAGUCUAUACUCUGACUGCUGCUAACUCAGGAGGAGAAAAGAAGAGAUCUAUCAUUGUUGAUGUCCUGGAUGUCCCUGGUCCAGUUGGCGUACCCUUCACCGCAGAGAACCUUACUAGCGACUCCUGCAAGCUGAACUGGUUUUGUCCUGAGGAUGAUGGUGGUUCUGCCAUCACCAACUACAUCAUUGAGAAACGCGAUGUGGAGAGGAAGGCCUGGACUACCCUGUCCUACACAGUCACCAGACACACUGCUGUGGCCCACGGACUGCAGAACGGAAAAGCUUACUUCUUUAGAAUCGCAGCUGAGAACUCCAUUGGAGUUGGACCUUUCGUUAACACCGCAUGCGAAAUCAUCAUAAAGGAUCCCAUCACCGUUCCAGACCGCCCAGAGGACCUUGAAGUAACAGCAGUUCAUAGAGACUAUAUCAGCUUAACAUGGAAACCUCCUGUGUCUGACGGAGGGUCAGAAGUCACCAAGUACAUCCUGGAGGCCCGUAUGAUCGGCAAGGACAAGUUCACACGUCUGACCAAGGAGAAACUGAUGGAGAGGAGAUUCACCUAUGACGGUCUGAGAGAUGGGGACACCUAUGAGUUCAGAGUUAGCGCUGUGAAUGAAAUUGGGCCCAGCAAGCCAUCGUUCUGCACCAAACCAAUCACCUGCAAAGAUGAACUUGAACCCCCAACCAUUGAGCUUGACUUCCGUGACAAGAUCAUCAUCCGUGUUGGAGAGAGCAUGGCUCUCCAGGGUCGCUACACCGGAAAGCCCUCUCCAUCUAUCAUGUGGUACAGAGAUGACGAAGAGCUGAAAGCAGAUCAGCACAUCAAGUUCAAAAACUCACUGACCACCAUGACUUUAGGCCUUAUGAAAGCCAAGCGCGAGCACAGCGGCAGAUACUGCGUGCUGGUUGAAAACAGCACCGGCUCUCGAAAGGGCAUUUGCAAUGUGACCGUUGUAGAUCGCCCAACACAACCAGUUGGUCCAGUCAUCUUUGAUGAAGUUCACAGAGAGUUUAUGGUGAUCUCUUGGAAACCUCCUAUUGAUUCUGGUGGAGUGGACGUGUCCAACUACAUCAUUGACCAGAGAGACAUCAAUAGUGACAUCUGGAGGAAUGUAACAUCUGCUUCGACGAAGUUGACGUGCAAAAUACCCAGGUUGAUUGAGGGAAAAGAGUACAUCAUGAGAAUCUGUGCUGAGAACAUGUACGGAAUCAGUGACCCACUGGAUUCAGAGGAGAUGAGAGCCAAAGAUCUCUUCAGAGUGCCUGAGGCACCAGAGAUGCCCAACGUGAGGGAGGUGUAUGCUGACAACUGCCUUGUGCUUUGGAGCAGACCUCGUGAUGGCGGCAAACCCAUCACUAACUACAUUUUGGAGAAGAAGGAGCCAGCUGCAAAGAGAUGGUCUCGUGCCACCAGAGAACCCCUCUACCCAACUACUCAGUUCAGGGUGCUUGACCUUAUUGAAGGCUGUCAAUAUCAAUUCCGGGUUAUGGCAGAGAAUGAAAUCGGCACUGGUGACCCUAGUCCCCCAUCAAACACAAUUCUUGCCAAAGAUCCAAUUGUUCCUCCCAGCCCCCCUGUACUGCCAGAGGCAAUCGACAAGACCAAGGAUACCGUAAGCCUGAAAUGGCAGCUACCUCGCCAUGAUGGCAAAGGCAAAAUCUUUGGUUACCUUGUUGAAUACCAGAAGGUUGGUGCAGUAGAAUGGUCACAGGGCAAUGAGACUCCUGAAGAGUGUCCAGAAUGCAACUAUGUUCUAAAGGGCCUGGAAGACGGAGCAGAGUACAACAUCAGGGUCUUCACUGUGAAUGCUGCUGGACCCUCUGAGCCUGCCCCUUGUAAGCAAACAGUGAAAGUACAUGACAGACUGGAGAAACCAGAGUUGCUGCUUGAUGCCAAUAUGUCCCGUGACCAUCUUGCGAUGGUAGGAACUAAUAUUACUCUCAGUUCAGUGAUCAAGGGCAUGCCACCUCCCACUGUAGUAUGGCAGAAGAACGGAGAAGAGGUUCCCGCAGAUCGUUGUACCAUUGCUGCCACUGCCACUGGCAGCAAACUUGUUAUGCUCAACUGUGUCCGCUCAGACAGCGGCAACUACACACUCACUAUUGAAAAUGCAGCUGGAAAGAAGUCCGCUACAUGCACAGUGCUCACCUUAGAUAAACCCGGACCUCCUCGGGAUCUGAAAAUCUCUGAGAUCACCAGCGAGUCAGCCUACCUGACCUGGAAGGUUCCUGAGGAUGAUGGAGGGGCUGUCAUCUCUCACUACGUUGUGGAAAAGAAAGACGUGGCGGCUGAGAAAUGGGUGCCCGUCGCUGCAUCAAACAAGAAGCCUAGUCUGAUGGCUCUGUAUCUUAUGGAAGGCAUCCAGUAUCUGUUCCGUGUUGCUGCUGAGAACCAGUUUGGCAGAGGUUCCUACGUCAUGACUAAGACGCCGAUCAAGGCUGUUGAUCCUCUUUAUCCACCUGGUCCACCAAAGAAUCUACAUCACAUCGACGUAGACAAGACUGAAGUCUGGCUCCAAUGGGAUUGGCCAGACCGCGACGGAGGAAGUGAGAUCACUGGAUUCAUCGUUGAGCACCAGGAGGGUGAGGGAAAAGACUGGGUCACCUUCAAGACUGUCACCAAUCCUCAUAGCCAUGUCACUGGACUGGAGGAGGGAAAGACAUACAGGUUCCGUGUGAAGUCCCAGAAUGCUGUUGGCGUGAGCCGUCCAGACACCAGUGUCCCUGUAACCUGCCAGGAGAAACUCUUGCCACCAACUAUUUCAGUGGAUGUGAAGCUUAUUGAGGGUUUGAUUGUCAAGGCUGGAAGCACUAUCGUACUCCCAGCAGUCAUGAAAGGAAUUCCUACUCCCACAGCCAAGUGGGUGAGUGACGGAAAGGAACUGGCAACAAAGGGCAAUGUCAAGAUUGACACUGAGGGCAUGAACACAUCUCUCACCAUCACUGGAUGUGUCAGAGGUGACACUGGAGAGUAUCUCCUCACCGUGGCAAACUCUGCUGGAAGCAAGACUGUUGCUCUGCACGUCACUGUGCUCGAUGUCCCAGGUGCCCCCAUUGGCCCGAUCAACAUCCUUGAAGUUACCCCUGACCACAUGGUCAUCAACUGGAGACCACCUAAAGAUGAUGGUGGCACUCCUUUGACGUGUUAUAUUGUUGAAAAGAAGGAUACCAAAAAGGCUUGGGAACCAUGGUCAGUUGUGUGCUCAGGAUGCACUGGUACAAAGGCUAAAAUUUCUCGAUUGGAGAAAGGUCGUGAAUAUAUUCUGCGUGUCCGUGCAGAAAACAAGGUGGGCAUUGGUGCUGGACUUGAGAGUCCUCCCACUAUUGCCAAACAUAUGUUUGAUCCACCUGGCCCUCCAGGCCAGCCAACCUGCUCUGAUAUCACAGAGAAUGCUGUGACCAUAGAAUGGACUCUGCCCGAAUUUGAUGGUGGCAGUCCAGUCAGUGGCUAUGUAGUAGAGCGCAGAGAAAUGACAGGGAAAUGGAUCCGCGUCAACAAGACACCUGUAUUGGAUCUCCGAUACAGAGCAUCAGGUCUGUUCGAGAACAACAGCUACGAGUUCAGAAUCUUUGCUGAGAACGUUGCUGGUGUCAGCGAGCCCUCUCCUGUAUCAGAUCCAGUGAAGUGCACUCGUCCUAUUACUAAGCCAGGACCCCCAUUAAACCCUAAACUGAGGGACUGGAGCAAGUCAUAUGCUGACUUGGUGUGGACCAAGCCAACAAGAGAUGGAGGCAGCCCCAUCUUAGGUUAUAUAGUUGAAUGUCAGAAAUCAGCCAGCACCAAAUGGGAGAAAGUUCAUAAGGAUCUCAUCCCGAUGUGCGCAUUUAGAGCAAUGGGACUUACUGAGGGCAUGGAAUACAGGUUCCGCAUUAGCGCUUCCAAUAUUAUUGGAGAUGGAAAACCUACAGAGCUCUCAGAAACAGUCCUUGCCAAGGACAUUUUGGUUCCCCCAGAGCUGACAGUUGAUGUUGCUUGCCGUGACCUUCUGACAGUUAGGGUGGGACAGAGUAUCAACCUUGUUACUAGAGUUAAAGGUAGACCAGAUCCUGAUAUCACUUGGUCUAAGGAUGCCAAGAUUCUAGGCAUAGACAGGCGUACUGAGAUGAACAACAACUACCCUCUGGUUGAGCUGGUGAUUUCAGAUGCAGUAAGGCAAGAUUACGGAAAGUAUGCUAUCCUUGCUAAAAACAGCAGUGGUCAAGCACAGGCUACCAUUAUUGUGAAUGUGCUUGACACUCCAGGCGUCUGUCAGAAUCUGAAGACCACUUACGUGACAAAAGAAUCCUGCAUGGUUUCCUGGGAGAACCCAGAGGAUAAUGGAGGAACUGAAAUAACACAGUACAUUAUUGAGAGCCGUCAACCUAGUCAAAGGAAUUGGACAGUGGUAUCAAAUGAUUGCACCAAACGCCUUAUGAAGGCACCACUCCAUGAGGGUUGUGAAUACUUCUUCCGUGUGAGUGCAGAGAACAAAAUUGGUGCUGGACCUUCAACAGAGACCAAAACAGCCAUCCUUGCUGUUGAUCCCAUUGAGAAGCCUGGUGACCCUAUUGACUUCAUUAUCUCUGAGAUCGGCAAGACAUUCGUCUUCCUGAAAUGGAAGAGACCAGACUAUGAUGGUGGCAGCCGUAACCUGGGCUACCAUGUUGAAAAGAAACCUAAAGUGGCAGAAGAAUGGGAGAGACUGCACAAGGGUGCGAUUAAGGAAACUUACUUCAUGGCAGACAAGUGCAUUGAAAACGAAAUUUACCAGUUCAGGGUACAGACAAAGAAUGAAGGAGGUGAGAGCAACUGGGUGACAACUGCUGAGGUUGAGGUUAAAGAACAGUUAGUGGUGCCAGAGAUCAAGAUGAAGUUGCAAUGGACUCUAGUGGUUAAUGCCGGUGACGCCAUUCCGAUUGAAGCUGAUGUCAAGGGAAAACCAGCUCCGGAAGUAAAGUGGACAAAGGAGAACGACACAGGGGACAUCACCAAGAGCCCAAGGCUCCAAAUAGAAGCCGGUGUAGAAUUCUCUAAAUUCCUGUUGACAAACUCAAGACGUGGAGAUACUGGAAAAUAUAACAUCACUGCUACCAAUAGUGCUGGAACAGCCACUGGGUGGGCGAAUGUGUGUGUGCUUGAUAGACCUGGUCCUAUCAGCAACCUAGUUGUAAAUGGUGUUACAGUGGAUAGGUGCAUGUUGACAUGGGAUAUGCCAGAAGAUGAUGGUGGAUGUGAAAUUUAUAACUACAUCAUAGAAAAGUGUGAGAAGAAGAGAAUGGUGUGGUCCAUACAUUCUUCUGCUGUGAUCACCAACUCUGCUAAAGUAACCCGCCUUGUAGAAGGAAAUGAAUAUAUAUUCAGGGUGCGUGCAGAAAACAAGAUGGGGGCAGGUCCUGCAGUGGAGAGCGCACCUAUUGUGGCAAGGACCGAAUUCAGUAAACCUGGCAUUCCAGAAGCACCAGAAGUUAUCAAGAUCUCCAAGGAGGAGAUGACCGUUACAUGGAACCCUCCUGAGAAUAAUGGUGGAAAGAAAAUCUCUGGUUACAUUCUGGAGAAAAAGGAAGAAUUCGGAGUACGAUGGUCUCCUUGCACAAAGCAUUCCAUUGAUUCGACCCAACUGACUGUCACUGGUUUGCUGCGUGAUCAUGAAUAUCAGUUCCGCGUCAGGGCUGAGAAUGAAAUAGGACUUGGUGAACCAAGCAAACCCUCAAGAUCACUCGCCGCCAGAGAUUCUCUUGAUGUCCCAGCCCCUCCAACAAAUCUGAAGGUUGGUGACAGUACAAGGACCUCAGUAGCACUGAAGUGGACAAAGCCUGUUUGUGAUGGUGGAGCUCCUAUCAUUGGUUAUGUGGUGGAAAUGAGGAUCAAGGGAAACAAGGAUACGGUGUGGAAGAGGUGUAAUGUCGCAGCCCAGCUAAUUGUAUGUGAAUUCACUGUCUCCAGUCUGGAUGAUCAUGAAUGGUAUGAAUUCCGCGUUUCUGCUCAAAAUCAAUGCGGUAUGAGCUUAACGGCGGACCUUACGAUGCCCGUGCAACCCAAGGAUAUCCUUGAGGCACCUGAAAUUGACAUGGAUGCUAGUCUGAAGGAGGGUCUGACAGUCAGGGCCGGAUGUCCCAUCCGACUGGUGGCAACCAUCAAGGGAAGACCAGCUCCCAAAGUCUCCUGGAGAAGAAUGGGUGUCGAUAACGUUGUCAGGAAGGGCCAUGUGGACAUCAUUGACACAAUGACCUUCCUGGUUAUCCCUGAAAGUACACGGGAUGAUUCAGGCAAAUACUCCCUGACCCUGUCCAGCCCAGCUGGGGAGAAGGCAGUGUUUGUCAAUGUCAAAGUACUGGAUACCCCAGGGCCUGUAGUGGGUCUGGAUGCCACAGAUAUUAAACAGACGUCCGCCAAACUGGCAUGGUCACCCCCUGAGAACGAUGGUGGCAGUGCAGUCACUCAUUACAUUAUUGAGAAGCGUGAAAUCGACCGCAAGACCUGGGGACCAGUCGCAAACAAUAUUGAACAGACUGAAACCAACGUCAAGAAACUUGUUUCAGGCACAGAGUAUUUCUUUAGAGUCACGGCUGUGAAUGAAUAUGGUCCUGGAGUUGCGAAGGUCUCGCCAAAGUCCUACAUGGCAUCUGAUCCUGUCAGCAAACCUGAACCAUGCCCGAAGAUUGAUGUAUUGGAAAUUACAAAGAACAGUGCACUUCUGGGAUGGCUGAAACCAUUGGGUGAUGGAGGAGCUAAGAUAGAUGGUUAUAUAGUUGAAUACAUGGGGCUCAUCCCACCCAAACCAGAACCAGAACCAGCAGAACCAGUAGAGGGAGAGGAAGCUGCUCCUCCUCCGGAACCUGUACCUGCACCUGUGGAAGAACCAGCGGAAGAGAAGCCAGAACCACAAUGGAUGGCAUACACAACUGUUAAAAAUUUAACCCUUUCAGUUAGUGGACUCAAGGAGGGUAUGAAGUACAGAUUCCGUGUGGCUGCAAGAAAUAUCAUGGGUCGCAGUUCGUACACUGAAACUAGGGACGCUUAUGAGAUCAAGGAACAGAUGCUGGAACCCAAGAUUAUGAUGGCGGAGGCUGUGUCUGCCAAAGCAGGAGCUAAACUCAGAGUGGAAGCUCUUGUGUCUGGAAAGCCAGCACCAACCUGCACAUGGAUGCGAGGAGAAGACAAUGUUGUUUCCUCUAGUCGUCUUGCUGUGCACAAAUCUGCAAACAUGUGUGUGCUCAUCAUCAAAGACGUGUCCAGAACCGACAGUGGACUAUACAGUUUGGUUGCUGAGAACAGCUGUGCUAAAGUAGAUCAGCAUAUUAAAAUCAUCAUCAGAGAUAUCCCCGGAGCGCCUGAGCCUCCAUUUGAGAUCAGUGACAUUGACGCUGAUGCCUGCACACUCUCUUGGAAAGCACCAAUUGAAGAUGGCGGAAGCCAGAUUACAAACUACGUAGUGGAGAAGUGUGACGUGAUCAGAGGCGACUGGGUAAACGCUGUAUCGUCCUGUGGCAAGACUGGCUGCAGACUGGGAAAGCUCAUCCCUGGAAAGGAAUACAUCUUCCGUGUCCGUUCUGAGAAUCGCUUUGGAAUCUCAGACCCCCUUACAUCGGACAGGAUGAUUGCCAAAUUCCCCUUCGAUGUGCCCAGUGAGCCUUUAAACUGCCACAUCACCAAGGUCAACAAGGACUGUAUGUUUGUAGCCUGGGACAGACCUGAGAGCGAUGGUGGCAGCCCUAUUACUGGCUUCUACAUUGAACGCAAAGAGAGGAACAGCCUCCUUUGGGUCAAGGCUAACGACUCAGUUGUCAGAUCAACGGAAUAUCCCUGUGCAGGCCUUAUUGAGGGCUUGGAAUACAACUUCAGAGUAUCUGCCAUCAAUCGUGCUGGACAGAGUAAGCCAAGCAAGAAGUCUGACUUUGUCACAGCAAGAACACCAGUUGACACACCAGGCAAACCAGAGGUUCUCGAUGUUACCAAGAAUGCAGUCAACUUGGUCUGGACUAGACCAAAGAAUGACGGUGGAAGCAAGAUCAUUGGAUAUUAUGUUGAGGCCCUGAGGCUCCCUGGAGACAAAUGGGUCCGUUGCAACACCAGCAGUCAGAAUGUACCCAGAGAAGAGUACACUGCAACUGGACUGGAGGAAGACAUGGAGUACCAGUUCAGAGUCAUCGCAAAGACAGCUGUCAACAUGAGCCGGGCAUCAGACAUCACAGACCCAGUUCUGGUCUCUGCAGAGAAGGUGCCACCAAGAGUAGAAAUUGGAAUCCCAAUGAAGAGGCUUAAGCCAGUGAAGGCUGGAGCAAAUGUACUUCUUGAGGCAGAGGUGUUUGGAAAACCGAUGCCCAAGGUUACAUGGAAGAGGGGAGAGGAAGUAUUGAGAGCUUCUGAGAUGUUGAAGAUGUCCCAGUUGAGACAUCUCUUCAGCAUAGAGCUUCUUGGAGCAACAAAGGAACACACAGGAGAGUAUACUAUUUUGGCAGAAAAUGCAAGUGGAUCCAAAACUGGAGAAAUUAAGUUAACGGUUUUCGAUGUCCCCGGUCCACCAGUCUCUGUCAAGUUUGGUGACGUGUUUGCCAAUAGUGUCCAGAUUAGUUGGGAGGCGCCUAUUGCAGAUGGAGGCUCGGACAUCACAAACUACAUUGUUGACAAACGUGAGACCAGUAGAGCUGAAUGGGCUCAGGUCGCAGCCCAUAUUCAGGGUGAUGUGUUUGAACUCACCACAAAGAAACUGAUUGAGGGACGAGAGUACCAGUUCCGCGUCCGCGCAGAGAAUAGAUUUGGGGUUGGAGAAGCCAUCUUGACUGAUCCCGUCUAUGCCAGGAAUCCAUUCACUGUCCCUGGGGCAUGUGAGGCACCAGUCAUCACAAACAUCACCAAAGAGCACAUGACCGUUAGCUGGAAGGAACCAGCCGAUGAUGGCAAGUCAACCAUCUUAGGAUACAUGGUGGAGAAGAAGGGAACCAAGGAAGUCAACUGGACGAAACUGAACAGGAAAGCCUUGAUAGAGAGAACCCUGGAAGUUGCUGGUCUGUCAGAGGGAGCAGAGUAUGAAUUCAGAGUAAUUGCCCUGAACAACGCUGGCCUUGGCAAACCCAGUGAGCCAUCCACUGUGGCUUCAGCCCACGAUCCUAUCAAUCCUCCUGGACCCCCUGUGAACCCGAUGGUCACUGACGUCAGCCACAGCACGAUUAGCCUGACCUGGACUAAACCAGCCAAUAACGGAGGCAGUGCCAUCCUGGGAUACCUUGUUGAAUGCAAGAGAACAGACGCAACAGACUGGAUCAGAUGCAACGUGCCCAAGAACCUCCAGGACACAUUCUACCUUGUUCAGAACCUCAUUGAUAAAUCUGAAUAUCAACUGCGUGUGUCUGCCGUGAACAAAGUGGGCUUCAGUGAAACAUGCGAAGUGCCAGACAAACAUGUAGCAAAGGACAUUUUGGUUGCUCCUGAGGCAGAACUCAGUGCUGACCUGAAGGAGGUUCUGGAGCUCCGUGCUGGGUCCCAAAUGAGACUUUUCGCCACAAUAAAGGGUCGUCCCACUCCCAAGGUGAUCUGGGCAAAAAUGAACAGCAACAUCAAGGAAAGACAAGGCAUCGUUAUCAAGAGCACCGACACUGACACUGUGGUGUUAGUCCAGAGUUGCAACAGAUAUGAUGCGGGCAAAUAUAUCCUGAGUCUUGAAAGUCGCAGCGGAAUGAAGAUGUAUACAAUUGUUGUCAAGGUUUACGAUACCCCUGGGCCACCAGUCAAUCUCAUGGUAAAGGGGACAACAAAGGACAGUGCAAAGAUCCUUUGGGAUACUCCUCUUAUUGAUGGUGGAAGCGAAGUGACCAGUUACAUUAUUGAAAAGCGUGAUGCAGAGAGAAAAGCUUGGUCUCUAGUUAAGGAUAACUAUGCCAAAAACACUCUCAAGAUCCCUGAUUUGGAGGCUGGUAGAUCUUACUGUUUUAGAGUAAAGGCUGUGAAUGAGUAUGGCGUUGGUGAGGCAUGUGAAACCGCAGAUUCAGUAAGAGCGUCUGAGGAACCUGGGCCAGUCAUGGACUUCAAGCCCUUGUUGAUCACAAAGCAAGGAUGCACCCUUGGAUGGAAGAAACCUCUCAGUGAUGGCGGUAGCCGCAUCAUUGUGUAUGUGCUUGAGGUUAUGAAUGGAGAUGAUAACUGGAAGGAGCUAAUGAGUUCCAAGAACAUGCAGUACAGUGCCAAGGAUCUGGUGGAAGGAAAAGAAUAUAAGUACAGAGUCAAAGCAGUAAAUGACUCUGGUGACAGUCCGUACAAGGAGCUGGAUGUGGUGGCUAAAGACCAGAUCAUUCAUCCUGGAGUUGACUUGCGGGGCAUUCCCAAUCUGUGCUACAUUGCAAAGGAGGGAAGUAUAGUCCGCAUCAAGCUCCCACUCUACGGCAAACCUACUCCUAAAUGCUCCUGGAAGAAGGGCGAGGAUGAGGAUUUGACCGAUACUGGAAGAGUGUGUGCAGAAUCCACAGCAGUCAACACUACCCUCCUGAUCCGUGACUGCCAGAGGAGCGAUGCCUCUAAGUACACAGUCACACUGAAAAACAUUUCUGGAGUAAAGGAAUCCACCAUCUUCAUUAGGGUGGUUGGCAAACCAGGAAUGCCUGUCGCACCAAUGAAGUUUAAGGAUGUCACUGCAGAUGGGUGCACCCUGAGAUGGACUGCACCUAAGGAUGAUGGUGGAUCAGAGAUAACCAACUAUACUCUUGAGAAGAGGGAUUCCGUAACCAACAUGUGGGUUAGCAUUGCUACCGAUAUUGAAGCAGUUUCCAAUACUACCACCUUCAGAGUGACAGGUCUUCAUGAGGAGACGGAAUACAUCUUCAGAGUCUGUGCACAGAACAAGCAUGGUGCUAGUGAAGGACUCAAAUCCGAGCCUAUUGUUGCCAAACAUCCAUUCAAUGUACCUGAGGCACCACCUGCACCUGUGAUCAUGAGUAUGCGUCAUGAUUCAUCAUUCUUGGCCUGGUCUGACCCAAGGAAGACCGGAGGCUCUCCAAUUACUGGCUACCAUGUUGAGUUCAAGGAGAGGAACAGCAUGCUGUGGAAGAGGUCAGGGGGAGCCAUUAAGUUGAAGGAACACAAGGUCACCGGCUUAACUGAAGGACUGGAAUAUGAAUUCAGAGUCAUGGCCACGAAUCUGGCCGGUGUUGGCAGAGCAAGUCCACCAACUGGGGCGCAUGUUGCCUUGGAUCCAAUUGAUGCCCCUGGAAAACCUGAUGUGAUCAGCAUCACAAGAAGUACUGUAACACUUCAGUGGACUGAGCCCAAGUACGAUGGUGGACACAGACUGACAGGCUACAUUGUGGAAAAACGUGAUUUGCCUUCCAAGAUCUGGCAAAAGGCUAACAAUGUGAAUGUUGUAGACACAGCAUACACCGUGAAAGAGCUGCAGGAGGGAUGCAAGUUUGAGUUCAGAAUCAGGGCAAAAAAUGCCGCUGGAGCAUUGAGCCCUCCCUCUGAACAAACAGAUACACUUGUGUGCAAGGAUGAAUACGAGGCACCAACCAUCACUAUUGAUUCCACUGUAAAAGAGGGACUCACAGUCAGAGCGGGUGACCACAUCGUCAUAACUGCAACAAGUAUUGUAGGCAAACCCCCACCAACAUCAGUGUGGUCUAAGGGUGGAAAAUACUUCAAGCCUUCAGAUAUCUGCCAGAUUGAGUCCACUGCAACGUCCUCGACAUUGACUGUCAAAUACGCCGGGAGAUCGGAUUCUGGAGAAUACACAAUUACAGCCAGCAAUCCAUUUGGUGUCACAGAAGAAGUUGUGAAAGUGAAGGUUUUGGACGUUCCCGCAGCUCCGGGUCCUAUUGAGGUCAGUGGAGUUUCGUCUGAGAAGGUCACACUGACAUGGACACCACCAACUGAAGAUGGUGGAUGUCCAGUUAAAUAUUACACCCUGGAGAAGAGAGAAACAAGCCGCCUCCUUUGGACCAUUCUUUCAGAAAAAGUACUUGACUGCCACUAUAUUGCCAAGAAGCUAAUCCAGGGAAAUGAAUACAUCUUCCGUGUGAAGGCAGUUAAUCACUAUGGUCCUGGAGAAGCAGCAGUGUCUGGGCCAGCUAAGAUGGUGGACCAAUUUGGUCCCCCUGGUCCUCCAUCAAAACCAGAGAUUGAAGAGAUUGGAGGACACCAUGUCAAAAUCAACUGGAAAAGACCAAUUGAUGAUGGUGGUAGCGACAUCACAGGCUACAUGGUUGAAAAGAAAGAAAGAAAGGGCAUGAGAUGGGUUAGGGCAGCGAAGAAGUCCAUUGCUGAACUCUCAUAUGAAGUAACGGGACUCACAGAGAAAGUUGAAUAUGAAUUCAGGGUGGUUGCAGAGAACAAAGCAGGCUUCGGAGAGCCAAGUGAACCAUCAUUGUCUGUUACGACCAAAACUGUUAAAUAUGCACCUGGACCUCCAAUCAACCCAAGAAUUACAGACACAACAAAGACUUCUGCAACAUUCUUCUGGGGGAAACCACUUGAAGAUGGUGGGCUUGAAGUCACAGGGUACUUUGUUGAGCAUAAAAAAGAUGGAGAAGAGGAAUGGUUCAAGGACACACCAACUGCUUCACUGAGAAUUACAGAAUUUGUUAUUCCUAACUUGAAAGUGGGAGCAAAAUACCACUUCAGAGUCAGUGCAAUGAAUGCAGAGGGAGUUGGUGAACCAGCACAAACUGAAGAACUGGUUGAAAUUAUUGAACGUGAAGAAGAGCCAGACUUUGAACUGGAUGUUGAGCUGAGAAGAACCCUUGUUGUCAGGGCGGGAUGUUCCAUCCGCAUAUUUGUUCCCAUUAAAGGUCGCCCAGCUCCUGAAGUAGCCUGGACGAAGGGCGAAGACGCACCACUCAGAGGACGUGCUAACAUUGACAGCACAGAGUCAUACACUAUGCUUGUCAUCCCUGACUGCACAAGAAAUGAUGCAGGAAGAUACAACUUGAUCCUUACGAAUGCUGCAGGAGAGAAGACUGCUCAUGUCAAUGUGAGAGUUCUGGAUUCACCUGGACCACCAAUUAAUCUGAAGCCAAAGCACAUUGACAAAGAGAGCAUCACUCUUCAAUGGGAACUGCCGCUUAUCGAUGGUGGUUCAAAGAUAACAAACUAUAUCAUUGAAAAGAGAGAGUCAACACGCAAAGCAUAUUCCACCAUAAUAUCAGUUUGUCCAAACAGCACAGUUAGAAUUCCUGAUCUAGCAGAAGGGUCAGAAUAUUACUUCAGAGUAUCGGCUGAAAAUGAGUACGGAAUUGGCGAGUCGGUUGAGACUACAGAUCCAAUUCGAGCAUCUCAAGCACCAACACCCCCUGAGAGUGUUUAUGCUACAGAUGUCACCAAGACCGCUGUCAGUCUUGCAUGGACAAAGCCAAAACAUGACGGUGGUAGUAGAGUUACUGGAUAUGUCCUUGAAGCUCAAAAGAAGGGAGGAGACCAGUGGUCCCAUGUGACAACUGUCAAGACUAUGGACUUCAUAGUGAAGAACCUGAAUGAAAAUGAACAGUAUAUAUUCCGUGUCAUGGCUGUAAACCACUCCGGAAGAAGUGGUCCUUGUGACAGCAAGCCUGUUACUAUCAAGGAAACAAUAACAAUGCCAGAAUUUGACCUGCGUGGAAUAUGCCAGAAAAUUGUCAUUGCCAGGGCAGGAGAUGAGAUUAAAGUUGAGAUACCAGUUAUGGGACGUCCAAAACCAACUGUUUCAUGGACGAAAGAUGGUCAGCACCUCAAGAUAACCCCAAGAAUAAUCACUGAAUGUACUGCAACCACAAGUAUCCUGAAUAUAACAGAAUGCAUAAGGAGUGACACAGGACAUUAUGGCAUGACAGGGAAGAACAUAGUUGGCUCAGUGACAGAUACCAUCAUAGUAAAAGUGCACGAUGUCCCUGGACCUCCAAAGGGACCAAUAAAAAUAGAUGAAAUCUCCCGUACCUAUGCUGUCAUCUCUUGGGGGACACCUGAGAAUGAUGGAGGUGUACCAAUCAACAAUUACAUUGUUGAAUUAAGGGAAACUACGGGAACGUCAUGGGUAGAAUUGACAUCAUCAGUAAUCCGUACAAUAUUUAAAGCUACUCGUCUGAAGACUGGUGCGGAAUACCAGUUCAGAGUCAAAGCUAAAAACAGAUAUGGUGCUGGUCAACCAAUCAUCUCAGAGUCAGUGGUUGCUGCAUAUCCAUUCAAACCCCCUGGGCCACCUAGCACUCCAAAGGUUGUGGCCUUUACCAAAGACACAAUGACAAUUGGCUGGAAUGAACCUGUUUAUGAUGGUGGAAGUGAAGUCAUUGGAUAUCACAUUGAGAGGAAAGAGAGAAGCAGCAUCCUUUGGCAAAAGAUCAGCAAAUCCAUGGUGAAAGAUAAUCAAUUCAAAUCAAGUGGACUGGAAGAUGGAGUUGCAUAUGAAUUCCGCGUCACUGCUGAAAACAUGGCUGGAAUUGGUAAACCAAGCAAGGCUUCAGAAGCAAUGCUAGCCCUUGAUCCAGUGGAUCCACCAGGUCAACCAGAGCCAAUCUUUGUUUCCAAGAAUAUAGUAACAAUUCAAUGGACAAAGCCUGAAUAUGACGGUGGGUUCAAGAUUACUGGCUACGUAGUGGAAAAGAGAGACUUACCAGCUGGUCGUUGGAUGAGGGCCAACUUCACAAACAUCAUUGAGACCACUUUCACUGUAAGUGGGUUAACUCAGAAUGAGGCCUAUGAAUUCCGUGUACUUGCCAAAAAUGCAGCUGGUUCAGUAAGUGAACCAUCUGAGCCAUCGGAUCCCAUCACCUGCACAGAUGAUAUUGUGGAACCACGAAUCAUGGUUGAUGCCAAAUUCAAGGAUGUGAUUCUACUGAAAGCAGGGGAAAACUUCAAACUUGAUGCAGAUGUUGCAGGCCAACCACUACCAUCGAUGGUGUGGACCAAGGGUGGAAAGGAUAUUGAAAAUACGAUGAAAUUGACAAUUAAAAUGACUGACUUAACAACAACUCUGAUUAACAAAGACUCGUUAAGAAGAGAUGGAGGUGAAUUUGUUCUGACUGCCACAAAUGUUGGCGGGUUUGCCAAGCAUAUCUUUAAUAUCAAAGUCCUUGACAGACCAGGUCCACCUGGAGGACCCCUGGUGGUGUCAGAUAUCACAUCUGACAACUGUAUUUUGGAAUGGGCUCCACCCGCAGAUGAUGGUGGUGCAGAGAUUGACCAUUAUGUGAUUGAAAAGCGUGAAUCAAGCAGGCUUGCAUGGACAAAUUCGGCCUCAGGCUUAACUGAUACUCAAUUUAAGGUGAACAAGUUACUCAAAGGAAAUGAGUACAUAUUCAGAGUAAUGGCAGUCAACAAAUAUGGAGUCGGAGAGCCUCUAGAAUCUGCGCCAACUAUUGCAAACAAUCCAUGGGUGCCAGCAGAUCCUCCAAAGGAUCCUGAAGUAACAAUAAUCACUAAGGAUUCAAUGAUUCUUAUGUGGAAGGCUCCUGAGUACGAUGGCGGAACUCCAAUCACAAACUAUAAUAUUGAAAGGAAAGACAAGAUUGGUCUUCGCUGGGUAAAAUGCAACAAGAAGAAAGUAAAAGACUUGCAGUUCAAGGUAACUGGGCUUCAAGUAACACAUGAAUAUGAAUUCAGAAUUCUUGCAGAGAAUGCAGCUGGAUUAAGCUUACCAAGCAAUUCAAGUCCUUUCUACAAGGCUACUGACACCCUCUACGAACCAGGCCCUCCAGGCAACCCAAGAGUCGUGGACACAACCAAGUCAUCCAUUACAAUUGCAUGGAACAAGCCAAAUUAUGAUGGUGGUUCUGAAAUCACAGGAUACAUUGUGGAGACCUGCGUUCCUGGGGAGGAGGAAUGGACAAUUGUUACUCCGCCAGGAGGACUAAUGGGUACAUCGUUUACCCUUAUAAACUUAGAAGAGGACAAAGAGUGCAUGAUUCAAGUUUCUGCCGUAAACAGUGAGGGUAUUGGAGAGGAAGCAACUAUUCCUGGCACACCGAGAGCUGAAGACAGGCUGCUUCCACCGGAAUUUGACCUGGAUGCAGAGCUAAAGAAGGUUGUGAAUAUCAGAGCCUGUAACACAUUGAGACUUUUUGUACCUAUCAGAGGAAGACCAUCACCCGAGGCAAAAUGGACCAAAGAAGAUGGUGAACCUAUUACGAGAGCAACCAUUGAAAGCACAACUUCUUACACAUCACUGGUGGUGGAAAAUGUCAACCGAUUUGACAGUGGCAAGUACGUGCUCACAAUAGAAAACAGUUAUGGAUCCAAUACAGCUGCUGUGAAUGUCAGAGUGCUAGAUACCCCAGGUGCCCCGCAAAAUCUCAAGAUCAACAGCGUCACUAAAGAAUCUGUCACUCUUAUCUGGGAUGCUCCAGUAAAUGACGGUGGAGCAAAGAUUAAGAACUACAUUGUUGAAAAACGUGAAUCAACAAGGAAAGCAUAUGCCACUGUAAAAUCUAACUGUCAUAAGAACACCUGGAAAGUUGACCAGCUGCAGGAGGGAUGUAACUACUACUUCAGAGUUUUAGCUGAAAAUGAAUAUGGAAUUGGCCUACCAAUUGAAACCCGUGAAUCAGUUAAAGUUUCUGAAAAACCACAGCCUCCUGCCAAAAUCACCCUCGCCGAUGUUACCAAGACUAGUGCCACCCUGUCUUGGGAGAAACCAGAGCAUGACGGAGGAAGUAGAGUGGUAUGCUAUGUUGUUGAGAUGCUGAGCAAAGGUGCCGAGAAAUGGGUCCAGUCUUCCAUUGUCAAAACAUUAGAAGCAGUUGUCCCUGGACUGACACCAGGUGAAGAGUACAUGUUCCGUGUAGCAGCAAGAAAUGAAAAAGGAACAAGUGAUCCACGUCAAAUUGGUGUGCCAGUGAUUGCUAAAGAUCUUGUGAUUGUCCCAUCAGCUAAAAUGUUGUUCAACACAUUCAGUGUUCUAGCAGGAGAGGAUUUGACAGUACAGAUUCCGUUUAUUGCUCGUCCCCGAGCAACUAUUUCAUUCAUAAAGGACAAUCUACCUAUGAAGCGUACCACCAGAGUUAACUUUGGAGGAUCAGAUAAACUGAUCAAUCUUCAAAUCAAAGAGGCAUGCAGAGAAGAUGUUGGUCAGUACCGAAUCAUACUCGCAAACACCGCUGGGGAUACAUCUUUAUGCAUCUCAGUAGUUGUUCUUGACAAACCUGGACCACCAAAGGGCCCAAUUAAAGUUGAGGCUGUUACUACUGACAGUGUGCUUUUCUCCUGGGCUCCACCAGAGUAUGAUGGUGGUGCAACAAUCAACAGCUACCUUGUAGAAAAGAGAGACACGUCCACACAAACUUGGUUGGUCGUGUCUCCAAAUCAUGCAAGAACAACGAUUAAAGCUUCGAGGCUGAAAAACGGUUCAGAGUACCAGUUCAGGGUGACAGCUCAGAACAGGUAUGGAAAGGGCCCAUCUCUGACCUCAGGGUCUGUUGUUGCUGAGUAUCCAUUCAAAUUACCAGGCCCUCCAGGAACACCAUCUGUACAGUCUUCCACAAAGGAUAGCAUGGUAGUUGUGUGGAAUGAGCCUGUUAAUGAUGGUGGAAGCACUGUGCUGGGAUAUCAUCUUGAGCGCAAAGAGAGAAACAGUAUUCUCUGGGUGAAGCUCAAUAAGUCUCUUAUCCAGGAUACAUCUUACAAGACCACUGGCCUGGAACCAGGACAGGAAUAUGAAUUCAGAGUUUACGCUGAAAACAUUGUGGGAAUUGGAAAAGUUAGCAAACUUUCCGAAGGUCACAUUUCUAGGGAUCCUUGCGAUCCCCCCGGAGAUCCUGAGGCUACUAAGAUAACAAAGGAUUCUGUAACAAUCACAUGGACAAAGCCAGAGUAUGAUGGUGGUGCCAAAGUCACUGGCUAUAUUGUAGAGAAGAAAGAGUUGCCAGAGGGCCGCUGGAACAAAACCAACUUCACAAAUAUCAUUGAAACCGAGUAUGUGGCAACCAGCCUUGUGGAGAACCAGAAAUAUGAGUUCCGUGUUAUUGCAAGAAACGCAGCAGGUGUUUUCAGCCUUCCCUCAUACAGCACUGGACCAAUUACUGCUAAAGAUGAAAUCGACCCUCCUCGUAUUAGCAUUGACCCACAGUUCACACAAACUGUUUAUGUUAAUGCUGGAGAUGGCUUCAAAAUCGAUGCCGAUGUUCAUGGUAGUCCAAUACCCGAAAUCCUCUGGAUGAAGAGCGGCCAUGAGGCACCCCUUGCAAACACUAUCACCAGAGACAUAAAAAAUACAGACAGCACCACUUUGUUGACUGUCAAAGAGGCUAAACUUGAAGAUGGAGGAAAGUACACUUUACUUCUAAAGAAUCCAGGAGGCGAGAAGUCAGUGAAAAUCAAUGUGGUUGUACUGGAUAAACCUGGGGCACCACAAGGUCCUAUCUCUGUCACUGGCAUCACAAAUGAUCAAUGUUGCCUUGCUUGGAAAUCCCCACUAUAUGAUGGCGGCAGUAAAAUCACUCAUUACAUUGUAGAGAGAAGGGAGACAAGCAGAUUAGUUUGGACUGUUGUUGAUAAUAAGUGUGAGUCAAAUUAUCUGAAGGUUACAAAACUCUUGGAGGGAAAUGAGUACAUUUUCAAAGUCCAGGCAGUAAACAAAUUUGGACUUAGUAUGGGUCUGGAAUCAAUUGCUGUGACUGUCAAAGACCCAUUCGUUCCCCCAGAUUCACCAAGUAGGUUGGAGGUUUCCGAUGUCAAAAAGGAUUCAAUGGUGAUUACCUGGGAGGCUCCUGGAUAUGAUGGUGGCAGUAAUAUUAUUGGAUACAUUAUUGAGAAGCACGAUAAGGAGGGUGUGAGAUGGACCAGAUGCAAUAGGAAGACAGUUACCGACUUAACCUACAAAGUCACCGGACUUAUGGAAAGUCAUAUUUAUGAAUUUAGAGUUCUGGCUGAGAAUGUCUCUGGAGUUGGAGAGCCAAGCUCCCCAACAGUUUUCUACAAGGCUUUGGAUCCAAUCUUCAGACCAGGUGCACCAAUUAAUCCUAAAGUAACUGACAUAAGCAAAACUUCAGUUUUCCUGUCAUGGGGCAAACCUAUAUAUGACGGAGGAUGUGAGAUUCAAGGAUACAUUGUGGAGAAAUGCGAAGUGCCAUCUCCUGCAUCUCUCACUAAGCAAUCCAUCGUUGUGGAACCGGCCACUAAGUCACCAGCUGCUGAGGGAGAGGAAGCACCCACUGAAAAAAGAGCAGCUGAGGCAACACCUGCUGAGGCAGCACCCGCCGAAGUAGCACCCACCGAGCCAGAGCCCGCCGAAGCAGCACCUGCACCUGCAGACGCAGCACCUUCCAAGGCAGAACCUGCAGAAAAAGGAAGUGCAGAAGGAGCUACAGAGGAAGAACCUGCUGACGUGUGGACAAUCUGUACUCCACCAAGUGGCAUCAAACAAACAAGAUUUGAAGUUAGAAAAUUGGAGGAAAUGCAUUUGUACAAGUUCAGAGUUUGUGCUGUCAACAAGCUUGGUGUUGGAGACCAUGCAGAUGUCUCUGGAAUAAUUCUUGUCGAGGAGAGGAUUGAGGAACCAGAUCUGGACAUUGACCCAGACCUGAGAAAGGUUGUGAACAUUAAGGCUGGAUGUUCCCUCAGGCUGUUCAUUCCUAUCAGAGGGCGACCUCAACCUGAAGUCAAAUGGGGAAAGGAUGAAGGUCCAAUUAAGGAGAAUGCACAAGUUGAAGUGACAAGUAGUUACACGUCCCUUGUGAUUGACAAUGUCAACAGAUUUGACAGUGGAAAAUAUACUAUUUCUGCAGAGAACGCCAGUGGUGAAAAAUCUGCUUUAAUUAGCGUUAGAGUUCUUGACACACCUAGUGCCCCAGUCAACCUCAAAGUGAAAGAUAUCACUGGUGAAUCAGUGACACUUACAUGGGAUGCCCCUGUGUUGGAUGGAGGAGCUAAAAUCAGAAACUAUAUUGUUGAGAAGCGGGAAAGCACCAGGAAAGCCUAUGCAGCUGUGGUGACAAACUGCCACAAAUUAUCAUACAAAGUUGAGAACCUUCAAGAGGGUUGCAAUUAUUAUUUCCGAGUCCUUGCUGAAAACGAACAUGGUGUUGGCUUGCCUACAGCAACCCUUGAUCCCAUCAAAGCCUCAGAGGUACCCCAAAUCCCACGAAAACUGAGUGUUGUUGACCAAACCAAGACAAGCAUCUCUCUUGCCUGGGAGAAGCCUGAGCAUGAUGGUGGAAGUAGAAUCAUUCAUUACCUGCUAGAGAUACAACCUAAAGGCUCUGAGAAAUGGUCAGGUGUUGCAACUGUCAGAGCAAUGGAGUCUGUUGUCAACAAUCUAAAUCCAGGUGAAGAAUAUAUUUUCAGAGUGUUUGCUAUCAAUGACAAAGGAAAGAGUGACCCAAGGGAACUUGCACUUCCAGUGACAGCAAAGGACCUUGUUAUCGAGCCUGAUGUUAGACCUGCAUUUAGCAAUUACAGUGUUCGGGUUGGUAAAGACUUCAAGGUUGAAAUCCCGAUCGCAGGACGUCCUAAACCAGCAGUUAAAUGGACAAAGGAUGGAUCAAUCCUACUCCACACCUCAAGGGUUAAAAUCACUAACACUCCAGGGAGCACAACUCUAAGUAUCACAGAGGCUACAGGAGAAGAUGACGGAAUGUAUGGCAUUAAUGUUACUAAUGUAGUUGGGGAAAAGAAUGCAACAAUUGAAAUCAUUGCUCUUGAUAAACCUGGCCCACCAAGUGGACCUGUAAAGUUUGAUGAAGUUACUAUUAACACUGCAACUAUUUCUUGGGGUCCACCAAAGCAUUCUGGUGGCUGCCAGAUUUCAAAUUACAUUGUUCAGAAAAGAGACACAACCACCACAUCUUGGGAGAAUGUUGCUGCCUCCGUGGCAAGAACUACGCUCAAGGUGCAAAGGCUGAAAACUGGAGCUGAAUAUCAAUUCAGAAUCAUUGCUCAAAAUCGAUAUGGCAAGAGUUACGGUUUGGACUCACAUCCUUUGACUAUAAAGUACCCUUACAAAGAACCUGGCCCACCCGGCACUCCAUUCAUUGCAUCUCUCUCCAAGGAAUAUAUGGUUGUGGAGUGGCAUGAACCAGUCGCAGAUGGAGGUAGUUCUGUUCUAGGCUAUCACCUUGAAAGGAAAGAGAGAAACAGCAUCCUCUGGACUAAGCUUAACAAGUCACUCGUUAAAGACACCCUUUACAAAACCGGUCCCUUAGAGGAGGCCGUUGAAUAUGAAUUCAGAGUUUAUGCUGAAAAUAUCGUUGGUAUUGGCAGAUGCAGCAAAAUCUCAGAGGGUUGUGUUGCACGUGAUCCUUGUGAUCCUCCUGGCACCCCAGAGGCUAUCAUUGUAAACAAAGAGUCCAUCACCAUUGAAUGGACAAAGCCAGAAUAUGAUGGAGGAAGUGUGAUUACUGGUUAUGUUGUUGAGAAACGUGACCUUCCAGAGGGACGCUGGAUGAAGGCAAACUUUACCAACGUUAUUGAGACCAGGUUUACUGCUACUGGACUAACUGCUGAUGCACAGUAUGACUUCAGAGUCAUUGCUAAGAAUGCAGUUGGAACAUUCAGCAAGCCAUCUUAUAACAGUGGACCUAUAACAGCAAACGAUGAGGUGGAAGCGCCAAAAUAUUCUAUUGAUCCUGCGUUCACCAAAACGAUCAUUAUCAAUGCAGGAGACACAUUCAAACUUGAUGCUGAUGUACAUGGAAAGCCAGUACCCACAAUCCAGUGGUUCAAGGAUGAUGUGGAAAUUGAAAAGAAUACAAUGAGAUUAGAGAUCAAAAAUACAGAAAGCGUCGCAAUGAUAGUUGUGAAGGAUUCUGUCAGAGUUGACGGUGGAAAUUACAAACUUGUCCUGACAAAUGUUGCUGGAUCAGAGUCAGUUCCAUUUAAGGUGAAUGUACUAGACAGACCAGGACCACCUGUAGGUUCACUCCAUGUCACUGGAGUCGCUUGUGACAAAUGUACUCUGUCAUGGCGUGCCCCACUACAUGAUGGAGGCAGCAACAUCACACACUACCUCAUUGAGAGGCGUGAAACCAGUCGUCUUGCUUGGACUAUGGUUUCUAACAGCUGUGAGACCACAGUGUAUAAAGUAACUAGUCUCCUGGAGGGCAAUGAGUAUAUUUUCCGUGUCAUGGCUAUCAACAGUUAUGGCAUUGGUGAACAUGUGGAGUCUUCAGCAGUAAUAAUGAAAAAUCCAUUUGUUGUCCCUGGCGCACCACAUGUUAAUGAUGUAACGAACAUUGCCCGGGAUUCAAUGACUGUCUGCUAUUCUGCACCAGAGACCGAUGGGGGAAGUGACAUUACUACUUACAUCAUUGAGAAGAAAGACAGAGCUGGAGUUAAAUGGACCAAAUGCAACAGGCAAAAGGUCACAGACCUAUCUUUCAGAGUAACAGGUCUGACAUCAGAUCAUGAAUAUGAGUUUAGAGUAUCUGCUGAAAAUGCAGCUGGUGUUGGUGAGCCAAGUCUACCAACGUCAUACUUUAAGGCCUGUGAUCCCAAGUACAAACCUGGGGCACCCACACAUGCACAUGUGAUUGAUACCACAAAGAGCUCAAUCACAGUCGCAUGGGGAAAGCCUCUCAGCGAUGGUGGCUGUCCUAUCCAGGGAUACAUUGUAGAGAUUUGCAAAGCUGAGGAGGAGGAAUGGACAAUGUGCACUCCACCAACAGGCCUGCGGGUCAAUAAAUUUGAAAUCACAAAACUUACAGAGGGUCAGGAAUAUCAGAUCCAGGUCUGUGCUAUCAACAAACUGGGUGUUGGUGAACUAGCUGCUGUAUCUGGAACAUCUAAACCAGAGGAGAAGGUAGAGGAUCCAGAAAUUCAACUGGACUCUGAAUUGAGGAAAGGAAUUGUGGUGCGUGCUGGAGGAUCUGUGAGAAUCAAUGUACCAUUCAAAGGCAGACCAACGCCAGAGAUUAAGUGGUGUAAGCUGAAGAAGGUUGAAGAAGUGGAGGAAGAACAAGAAUUGCAAGAGAAAGCAGUGGUUGAGAAAGGUCUCAACUAUACUCAGCUUUCCAUUGACUCUUGUGACAGAAGUGAUUCUGGAAAGUACAAUGUGACUGUGAAGAACAGCAGUGGUACCGUUUCUGAAUUUGUAACUGUGAAAGUGCUAGAUACACCAGGUGCCCCUCUGAAUCUCAAACUGACAGAGAUCAAGAAAGACUCCAUAACUCUUGUUUGGGAUGCCCCUCUUACUGAUGGCGGAGCGAAAAUCAAGAAUUAUGUUGUUGACAAACGUGAAUCAAUCAGGAAAGCUUUUGCAAAUGUAACAACCAAGGUCAACAAAACAACCUACAAAGUUGAAAACCUUGUUGAGGGGGCUAUGUAUUACUUCAGAGUUAUGGCUGAGAAUGAAUAUGGAAUUGGAUCGUCGACUGAAACAAAGCUUGCAACAAAGGCCUCUGAGGUGCCUCUUCCAGUUGGAAAGAUCUUCUUGACUGAUGUUACUAAAGUCAGCGCAUCGUUCAGAUGGGAAAAACCAGAGCAUGAUGGUGGAAGCAGAAUUACCGGUUACCUAGUGGAGAUGCAGCAAAAGGGAGGGGACAAAUGGGGUGUUGCAACAUCCACAAAGGGUGAUUGUCAUGGCACAGUCACUGGACUUACUGCUGGACAGGAGUAUCUGAUCCGUAUCAUAGCUUACAAUGAGAAGGGAAAGAGUGAGCCUAAAGCACUGGCUAUGCCAGUUGUUGCUAAUGACAUGACUAUUGAACCAAGCUUAAAACUCAUGUUCAACACCUACACCGUCAAAGCUGGUGACGAUCUGAUAGUAGAAAUCCCAGUGUUUGGUAGGCCGAAACCCCAAAUUGUUUGGAGGAAAGAGGGUCUGCCAUUGAAAAUAACAACAAGAGUGAAUGUGAUAAACACAGCAACAACUACUACCAUUAAAAUUACUGAGGCGUGUAAGGACGACUUUGGAAAGUAUACCAUUACGGCAACUAACACAGCUGGCUUAUUCUCUGAAGUCAUAGGAAUCACAAUCCUUGACAAACCUGGUCCACCAACCGGACCCAUUAAAGUCCUUGAAGUAAGCAAUAACUCUGUCAGUCUUUCAUGGGGUGCCCCGGAGUACACAGGCGGAUGUCAAGUAAAGCAUUACAAUGUGGAAAGACGAGAUACAACACAAACAGCAUGGCAAAGUGUGAAUGCACAGCUCGCUAGAACAGCUAUCAAAAUAACCAAGCUGAAAACUGGCGCAGAGUACUGUUUCAGAAUCUGUGCUGAGAAUAGAUAUGGAAAGGGCGCUCCUUUGGACACAAAAUCAAUUCUGGUGCAAUAUCCAUACAAAUCCCCAGGACCACCCGGAACUCCAUACAUCAAAUCUGCAACAAAGGAUCAAAUGAUUAUUGAAUGGAAUGAGCCAGUCAAUGAUGGUGGUAGUACGGUUAUUGGAUACCAUCUUGAAUCUAAAGAAAGAACCAGCAUUAUGUGGACGAAACUCAACAAAGCCCUCAUCGCUGAUACCUCUUUCAAGAUAUGUAAUCUUGAGGAGGACAUUGGAUAUGAAUACAGGGUCUAUGCUGAAAACAUUGUUGGCAUUGGCAGAGCAUCCAAAAUAUCAGAAUCAUUCGUUGCUCGAGAUCCAGUUGAUCUACCAGGUACCCCUGAGGCUACUGUUAUCUCCAAGAACCACAUUGUGAUUCAAUGGACUAAGCCACUGUAUGAUGGAGGCAGUAAGAUCACUGGAUAUAUUGUGGAGCGGAGAGAUCUAGCCAACAUUGAGGGUCGCUGGAUGAGAGCCAACUUCACAAAUGUCAUUGAGACAGAAUUUGCCAUCUCUGGCUUGACAGAAAAUGAACAAUAUGAGUUCAGAGUGAUUGCAAGAAAUGCUGCUGGUAUUUUCAGUGAGCCUUCUGACAGCACUGGACCCAUUACUGCCACAGAUGAGAUUGAAGCACCAAGAGCCUCAAUGGAUCCUAAAUACAAGGAUGUCAUUGUUGUUAAUGCUGGGGACAACUUAGUUUUGGAUGCUGACAUCUAUGGCAAACCCGCUCCUGAGGUCUUAUGGUUGAAGGAAGGAAAGCAAAUGGACAAAGCUCUUCGAAUUGAAGUGAAAACUACACAGAAACGUGCAGCUAUGCAUAUCAAGGACUGCUCAAGGUUAGAUAGUGGAAACUAUGACCUCAGUCUCACCAAUAUUGGUGGGGUAAAGACAAUCCCAAUCACUGUGAAGGUCCUUGAUAAACCAGGUGCACCCACUGGACCACUGAGAGUCACUGGACUGACCGCCGACAGAUGCUUCCUAUCUUGGACUGAUCCCUCUCUGGAUGGUGGUGCAGCUAUAAGUCACUAUAUUCUGGAAAAGAGAGAGACCAGUCGGUUAUCCUGGACUGUGGUUAACGCAAAUAUUCAAGCUACAAAUUUCAAAGUGAUCAACCUACUGGAAUUGAACGAAUAUAUCUUCAGGGUUAGGGCUGUGAACAAAUAUGGCAUUGGUGAUCCUUUGGAGUGUGAGGCAGUAACUGCACGCAAUCCAUACACGCCUCCAAGUGCACCCGGAACACCUGAAGCAAAUAAAAUAACAAAGGAUUCUAUGGUCCUAUCAUGGUCAAAGCCAGAGAACAAUGGUGGAGCAGAAAUUGACUGCUACCAUCUUGAGAAACGUGACAAAGAUGGUGUAAGGUGGACCAAAUGCAACCGGCAGCCAUUGACUGAUCUACACUUCAAAGUCACUGGGCUUUUGGAUGGUCAUUUCUAUGAAUAUCGUGUUUCUGCAGAGAACGAAGCUGGAGUGGGAGAUCUGAGCGAACUCUCCCUGUUUUACAGAGCAUGCAAUGCUACAACAGCACCUGGACCACCACACCAUCCUAAGGUGACAGAUCACACCAGCUCGACUGUGUCCUUGACUUGGGGCAAACCCGCUUCUGACGGUGGAGCAUACAUCAAAGGGUACAUUGUUGAAAUGAGAGAGGUGACAGAAGAGGAGAGGAAAGCAAUGGAAGAGGAAAAGAAAAGGAAAGAAGCAGCAGCAGCAGAAGAAGAGUUUUUGGAAGAAGAGGAGGAAGUGGAAGCAGCAGCAGUAGAAGAGGUAAAAGAACCUCCUAAGGAGUAUGAAUGGACCAUUUGUACACCCCCAACUGGCAUCCAAGCGACACACCUCACUAUUAAGGACUUGAAGGCAGGACUAGAAUACAAAUUCCGUGUCUGUGCUAUCAAUUCAGAGGGAGUUGGUGAACCUGCAGAUAUCCAUGGCACUGUGAUUGCUGCAGAAAGAGUUGAGGCACCAGAGAUUGAACUGGAUGCCAACCUCAGGAAGGUUGUCUCUGUCCGUGCAGGUGGAUCUCUGCGUCUGUUUGUCACAAUCAGAGGAAGACCUGAACCUGAAGUUAAAUGGGCAAAGUUGGACGGCGAGCUGACAGAACGUGUCAUGAUAGAAUCCACAAGCUCAUAUACUAUGCUUGUAAUUGACAAUGUAAACCGAUUCGACAGUGGCAAAUAUACAUUGAACCUUGAGAAUAACACUGGUGAAAAAUCUGCACUUAUCAACGUCAGAGUGUUGGACACACCAAGUGCUCCACAGGCCUUUUCAGUCAAAGAUAUCAAAAAAGAUUCUGUGAAUCUUGUUUGGGAAACACCACUCACAGACGGUGGAUCAAAAAUAACCAAUUACAUUGUGGAGAAGCGAGAAUCCACCAGAAAGGCUUACACUGCCGUGACAACUAACUGCUUAUCUAAUUCCUUCAAGAUUGAUGAGUUGCCAGAGGGAUGCAUUUUCUACUUCCGUGUAUGUGCUGUAAAUGAGUAUGGCAUUGGGUUGAUGGCUGAAACCAAAAACCCAAUUAAAGUUUCUGAAGUGCCUAUGCCACCACGAAAUGUCAGAGUUACAGAUCUCACGAAAAACAGUGUAUCACUUGCCUGGGAAAAGCCAGCUCAUGAUGGUGGAAGCAAAGUAAUGUGCUACAACGUUGAGGUGCAAGGUAAGGAUGACAAGGGUACCCAGAAGUGGAAUACUUCAUGCACAGUCAAAAUCCUGGAAACAACUAUUGCAAACCUAGUAGCAGGUGACGCAUAUUCAUUCAGAGUCAUUGCAAUCAACGAGAAGGGAAAGAGUGUACCAAAGGAACUUGGUCUACCUGUGACAACAAAAGAUAUUGCUAUUGAACCCUCAAUUGAGGUGUUAUUCAACACUUACAGUGUGAAGGCUGGAGGUGAUCUUACAGUUGAAAUCCCAGUUAGGGGCCGACCUAAACCUGUUAUUGCAUGGAAACAUCAUGGCCUUCCUUUGAAGCAAACAAGCUCAUUGACAAUUCUGAAUACCAAGACCUCAUCCAAAAUUAUUAUAAAGGAGGCGGGCAGAGAACAUGUCGGAAAAUAUGAAAUCACUGCCGCAAACCCAGGUGGAAUGAAAAUAGCAGAGAUUGGAAUUAUUGUCCUUGACAAACCUGGUCCACCAACUGCUAUCAAACCAACUGCUGUAACUUCAGACAGUAUUUCAUUGUCAUGGGCUCCACCAGAGUAUGAUGGUGGUUGCUGCAUCAACAACUACAUUGUAGAGAAAAGAGAUACAAACGCAACAGAUUGGCAAAUGGUCUCAGCAAAUGUUGCAACAACAGCAAUUAAAGCCUCCCGAUUGACAAAGGGUGCUGAAUACCAGUUCCGUAUCUAUGCUGUAAAUCGUUAUGGAAAGAGUCAACAUACAGAUUCCCGUGGAAUUACAGCCCAGUAUAACUUCAAGCUACCUGGCCCACCAUCGACUCCUAAAGUGGUACAUGCAACCAAGAUUUACAUGCUUGUCACAUGGAAUGAGCCAGUCAACGACGGAGGCAGCACAGUUCUUGGAUAUCAUUUGGAGCGAAAGGAGAGAACCAGCAUCAUCUGGAACAAGAUGAAUAGAGGUCUCAUCAAAGAUACAGAAUACAAAGUGACUGGCAUUGAAGAGGGCAUGGGGUACGAAUACCGCGUUUACGCUGAAAACAUUGCUGGAAUUGGAAAAUGCAGCAAAGCAUGUGAGGCUGUUUCUGCAAGAGAUCCAUGCGAUCCCCCUGGCGAGCCAACAGUGACAGGUAUCACAAGAACAUCAGUAUCCCUUGCUUGGACGAAGCCAGAGUACGAUGGUGGAGCCAAGGUUACUGGUUACAUUAUUGAACGCAAAGAUCUCCCAGAAGGCCGCUGGAUGAGGUGUAACUUCACCAACGUGGUGGAAACCUACUAUGACGUCACAGGCCUUACCAAGGACCAGCAGUAUGACUUCCGCGUCAUUGCAAAGAAUGCUGCUGGAUGCUUCAGUGACCCAUCUUAUUCCACUGGUUCAAUCACAGUCAAGGAUGAUGUGGAUCCACCACGUAUCAUGAUGGACGUGAAGUACAGAGCUGUUGUCGUUGUGAAAGCAGGAGAUGUUCUUAAAAUCAAUGCAGAUAUCGCUGGUCGUCCACUGCCAGUAACAUCAUGGAAAAAAGAUGGCAAAGAGAUCGAGCUCAGGGCCAGAAUUCUGAUUCUUGCAACAGAUACCAGCACCUCAGUAAUUGUGAAGGACUGCAUAAGGCGUGAUUCUGGACAAUAUACUUUAACUCUGCAAAAUAUUGCCGGAACAGUAUCUACACCAGUGGACGUUGUGAUCCUGGAUAAGCCAGGACCUCCCGCUGGCCCCCUGGCGACUACAGGCAUUACAGCUGAAGAUGUCACCUUAGCAUGGGGACCUCCUCAAGAAGCAGGCGGUGCAGAUAUCACACACUACGUUGUUGAGAAACGUGAAACAAGCCGUCUUGCUUGGACAGUGGUGAAUGCAGAUCUGAACAGGACACAUUUCAAGGUCACAAAUCUCCUCAAGGGUAAUGAAUACAUCUUCAGGGUCAUGGCCGUCAAUAAGUAUGGACUUGGCGAGGCCCUUGAGAGUGAGGUCGUCAAAGUGGCUGAUCCAUUCACAAAACCAUCUGCUCCCACAAAUUGUGAGAUCACGGAGGUAUCCAGUGAGGAGAUGAAACUUGUCUGGCAGAAACCUGUUUCAGAUGGAGGCAGUGAAAUUACUGGAUAUGUAAUUGAAAGGCGCGACACGGCAGGUCUACUCUGGGUCCGUGUAAACAGAGAGCUUGUGACUGAAUUGGCAACCAUAGCAACUAAACUACGAAAAGGAUAUGAAUAUGUGUUCCGCGUGUUUGCUGAAAACGCUGCUGGUUUGAGUCCUCCAAGUGAAGCUUGCCCAUCGUUUAGGGCUGAAGAUGAACAGGUCGAGCCAGACCCACCAAGUAAACCAAAGGUUGUUGAUUCAACCAAGAGUUCAAUCUCCAUCAUUUGGAACAAGCCACUAGAAGAUGGUGGAGCUCCCAUCCUUGGAUACAGUGUGGAGUAUAAGAAACUUAAGGACGAGGAAUGGACAGUGGCCAUUCAGAACAUAAAGAGCAUGGAGUUCACCGUCUCUGGACUUACAGCAGAUGAAGAAUAUGAGUUUGCUGUUAAGGCAAUUAACAAGAUUGGUGAAAGCGAGCAAAGUCCAAUUUCUGAGCCUAUCGCAGCAAUGGAUAGAACUGUGGAGCCUAUGUUUGAUGUUGACAUAGAAAUGCGCAAGACAUUGAUUGUCAAGCAUGGCAACUCAUUCACUCUGACUGUACCUUAUAAGGGAAAACCUGCACCAUCAGUAGAAUGGAGCAAGGAGGAAGUAGACCUCAAGGCAAGAGCAACCAUUGAAACAAAUCACAGCUGCACUUCACUAACAAUUGAAACGGCAACAAGAAAUGACUCUGGACAGUACACUGUAACAUUAGAGAAUGGCAUUGGAGACCCAGUAACAUUACCAAUAGUUGUAAAGGUUCUUGACUCUCCUGGACCACCACUUAAUGUAGUUGUUAAGGAUGUCACCAAAGACACUGCUACCGUUACAUGGGAAGCUCCAGAAAAUGAUGGAGGUGAUGUUGUGAAGGCCUACCAUGUUGAGAAACGUGAAGCCAGCAAAAAGGCAUGGGUGUGUGUGACUAACAACUGCCACGCGUUGUCCUACAAAGUGGAAGAUUUACAAGAGGGAGCCUUCUAUUACUUCAGAGUCAUGGGAGAAAACGAAUUCGGAGUGGGUGUAGCUGCUAUCCCCAAGAAUGGAACAAAGAUUACAGAAAAACCAAGUCCACCUCAAAAGCUUGGGGCUAUUGCGGUAACCAAGGACAGUGUUACAAUCGGAUGGAUGAGACCAGAACACGAUGGUGGAAGCAGAGUAACUCAGUACUUCAUUGAAGCACUUGAGAAAGGACAACCCAAAUGGUCGAAGGUUACUCUUGUGAACACAACUUCCUUCCAAAUCAAAAACUUGAAGGAAAAUGCUGAAUACUUCUUCAGAGUUAGUGCUCAGAAUCAUGCUGGACUCGGCGAACCCAAAGAGAUGAUUGUUCCUGUUGUAGUGAAAGAUCAACUGGAGGCCCCAGAUUUUGACAUGAAGAACUACCCCAGCAAUACUGUCUAUGUGAGAUCAGGAUCAAAUCUGACCUUUGAGCUUCCUAUGACCAGCAAACCUUUGGCAAAGGUUAUUCUAUCAAGAAACACUGUUAUUCUGAAACCAUCCAAGAGAUUGGUCACUCAAGUUACUGCUGAAAGCCUGAUCAUCAAACUGAACGAGAGCGUUGCUAGUGAUGCUGGCAGAUAUGACAUCAUCGCCUCCAAUACAAGUGGUAUCACCAAGAUGUUCAUCAACAUCGUUGUGUUGGAUAGACCUGGUCCUCCAACUGGCCCUAUUGAGGUUGGUGAAGUGACUGAAUCCACAGUGGCUCUCAAAUGGGCUCCUCCUGUGUAUGAUGGUGGCAGCCCAGUUACCAACUAUGUUGUACUGAGACGUGAAACAAGCACACCUGCUUGGACUGAAGUGUCUUCUCAGGUUGCGAGAAGUGCCAUAAAGGCCGGCAAGCUUACCAAAGGAGAGGAAUAUCAGUUCAGAAUCAAGGCAGAGAAUCGCUUUGGUAUCAGUGACCACAUUGACACCCCACCAAUCACAGUGAAGCUUCCAUACACAUUCCCUGGCCCUCCAUCAACACCAUGGGUAACCAUGGUUUCAAGAGAGAGCAUUACAGUCAACUGGAACGAGCCUGUCACAGAUGGAGGAAACACUGUCACGGGCUACCACCUGCAGAUGAAAGAGAGAAGCAGUAUUCUGUGGCAAAAGGUCAACAAAGUAGCAAUCAUUGGAACACAGCUGAGAGUAACAAACAUCUGCCCUGGCCUCAUCUACGAAUUCAAGGUGACAGCAGAAAAUGCAGCUGGUAUUGGAAAAAUCAGCAAAAUAUCAGAAGAGGUGCUCGCCAUUGAUAACUGCGAGCCCCCGGCAGCUGUAAGAGUCUCCGAGAUCACAAAGAACUCCAUCAGUCUGGCCUGGGUUAGGCCGCCUUAUGAUGGUGGCAGCAAGAUCACUGGAUACAUGGUGGAGAGGAAGGACUGCCCAGAUGGCAGAUGGACAAGGGCCAACUUCACUAACGUGAUUGAGAUGAACUUCACAAUGUCAUGCUUGACCCAGAAUGAAUCCUAUGAGUUCAGAGUUUACGCAAAGAACGCAAUCGGUUCUAUCAGCAAUCCAUCUGAUGUCGUCGGUCCAAUCACUUGUGUCGAUUCAUGUGGUGCCCCUGCGAUCGAUCUUCCUCCAGAGUAUUUAGAUGUUGUGAAAUACAAAGCCGGAUCCAUGGUUAAGAUCAGAGUGGGAAUUCUUGCCAAGCCUCUGCCAACAAUUGAGUGGUACAAGGAUGGAAAAGAAAUGGUGUCAAGCACGACACUAUCCAUCGAGAGCACUACUGAUUGCUCUAGUCUUCUCAUCAAGGACGCAACUCGUAGCCACACUGGCACAUAUGAAAUAAAGAUCAAAAACGCUCUGGGUUCGGCAUCUGCCACCAUCAGGAUAGAAGUUCUAGACAAACCUGGACCACCUCCUGGCUUGAUUCAGUUUAUGCUAGUCACAGCAGACAAGAUCAUUCUUAAGUGGGAGCCAAUCACUGAUGAGGGUGGUGCUAAGGUCAGCCAUUAUGUUGUGGAGAAACGUGAAACCAGCAGAGUGGUAUGGUCUACCGUGUCUGAGAGACUAGAAGAGUGCUACAUAGGUGUCAUGAAGUUGGUACGAGGAAAUGAGUACAUUUUCCGUGUGAGGGGUGUCAACAAGUUCGGAAAUGGAGAGCCCUUGGACUCUGAGCCUGUUAUUGCCAAAAAUUUAUUUGUUACCCCAGGACAGCCUGCCACACCAGAGGUAACAACUAUAACCAAAUCAACAAUGGUAGUUGUAUGGGACAAACCAGGUGUGGAUGGCGGUAGUCAAGUAACUGGCUACUACCUUGAGAGACGUGACAAGAAGAGCCUUCGCUGGAUAAAGGUCUUGAAAGAUCCGAUUAACAACACCACUACGACUAUCUUUAACCUAACAGAAGGCAAUGAAUAUCAAUACCGUGUGUGUGCCAUCAACAAAGCCGGAGAGGGCCCCUUCUCAGAUGUGUCUGACUACUACAAAGCAGCUGAUCCAGUUGAACCACCAUAUGAACCUACCAAGCUCAAAGUGGUUGACUCAACCAAGACAUCUAUCACCCUUGGAUGGGCCAAGCCAGAGUGGGACGGAGGCAGUGAGAUCCUCAGCUACGUUGUUGAACAGCUGACGGACGUGGAGGGUCUACGACGCAAACCACCCAAAGAAGAAUCAUCUGAAUCAGAAGGAGAAGAAGAGGAGGAGGAAGAAGCAGACAAUGGAGAAUGGAUUGUAAUCAGCCAGAAGGGAGAAGUGAGGACAGCAGAGUACGUUGUGUCCGGCCUAACACCAGAUGUUGACUACUACUUCCGUGUAUCUGCAGUCAACAUCGCAGGGCGUGGAGAGGCCAUUAAGAUGAAAGAGCCCGUUCAUGCUAAGGAUAUUCUGGAGGAAGCUAUCUUCGAUCCAGAUGUUGCCAUGAGAACUCACUACAUCGUAAAAGCCAAGCAGGAUGUGGAGAUCACAGUGCCCCUCAAGGGCAGACCUGCACCUAGUGCUACUUGGAUGUUCGGAGACGAGAACAUCGACAAUAAUAAAAAAUAUGAAAUCCACCACACAGAUACUACAUCAACCCUUGUUAUUCCAGAAGUCAGCCGUAAUGACACUGGUAGGUACACUGUGAAGAUUGAAAACGGUGUAGGAGAGCCAAAGUCAAUGACACUGUCUGUGAAGGUUCAAGACUCACCAGCUGUCUGCACGAACCUGGUGUUGAAGGAUGUCACUCGUGGUAAAGUAACCAUGUGCUGGGAAGAACCUGAACUUGAUGGUGGUGCUGAUAUUACCAAUUACAUCAUUGAAAAGAGAGACUCAUCCAAGAGAUCCUACUCUAGUGUGACAACCAAAUGCACAGAACAAUUUUAUACCAUUGAAGAUCUCUCAGAGAAAACAUCCUUCUUCUUCCGUGUAUCAGCAGAGAAUGAAUUUGGAAUAAGUGAUCCUUGCAGCACAGUUGAACCAGUAAAAGCUACAGAAACUCCUGGUCCAGUCAAAGAAGUUUCUAUGAAGGAUGCCUCAAAGACCUCUGUAACACUGCAGUGGGUGAAGCCUGAUUAUGAUGGUGGAAGCAUCAUAUCUGACUACGUCAUUGAGAAGAGACUCAAUGGUGAAGAGGACUGGGCAGCUGCCGGCUGCAGCAAACAAUGUGAACACGAAGUACCAAAACUCAAAGAAACCUCACAAAUGAAUUUCAGAGUUGCCGCCAGAAAUGAAAAGGGGAAGGGUGACUUCACUGAAAUUGGACCAAUUGAAGUGAAGGACUUUGUCAUCCCACCAGAGGCCAACCUGGAUGAGUAUCCAGGUGGGGAAAUCAGUGUCCGUGUGGGCCAUAAUGUACACAUUGAAUUGCCCUAUAAGGGUAAACCCAGACCUGCCACGUAUUGGCUUAAGGACAAUAUGCCACUGAAGGAGAGCGAACUAGUACGCUUCAGGAAAACAGACAACAAAGUUGUUCUCAUGAUCAAGAAUGUGAGACCAGAGCAUGGUGGGAAAUACACACUUACUCUUGAUAACAGGGUGUACAGAAAAUCCUUCAACGUUUUUGUCAUAACUCGCGGACCACCAUCAAAGCCUGUCGCACCCAUCAACUUUGAUGAGGUCAGAGCAGACAGUGUCACAAUAUCCUGGGAGGAGCCAAAUGAUUACGGAGGUGGAGAAAUCACUUGCUACUCUGUAGAGAAGCGCGACACAUCUCAGAAUGACUGGAAGAUGGCAUGCUCUAGUGUCACUGACACAACAUUCAAGGUGCCCAACUUGAUCAAGGGAAUAGGGUACCAGUUCAGAGUGCGUGCUGAGAAUAUAUAUGGAGUCAGUGAGCCGCUGGUGUCACCAAGCGUUGUCGCUAAACACCAGUUCAGGCCUGCAGGUCCACCAGGAAAGCCUGUUGUGUACAACGUCACCAACGACGGAAUGACAAUUCAGUGGGAGCUGCCCGUCUUCAAUGGUGGCUGUCCAGUCAAGGGCUACCAUGUUGAGAAGAAGGAGAAGAACAGUGUCAUGUGGCAGAAGGUCAACACUGUGCCUAUCCCUGGAACAGACUACAGAAUCCUUGGCCUUAUUGAAGGACUAGAAUAUCAAUUCAGAGUCUACGCUCAGAAUGAUGCCGGAUUCAGCCGCAAGAGUGAUGAAAGCAACACCACCAUGGCAGUUUCUCCAGUUGAUCCACCUGGUCAACCUGACUACACUGAUGUGACCAGCAAUUCUGUCGCCCUGAAAUGGGACGCACCCAAACGUGAUGGCGGCAGCAAGAUUGUGGCUUACAAUGUUGAAAAACGCCAAGGACAGGGCCGCUGGCUGAAGAGCAACUUCACUGAUGUCCACGACACCCAGUUUACUGUCACUGGUCUUGCUUGCAAUGAACGCUAUGAGUUCAGAAUUAUUGCAAGAAAUGCUAUUGGCGUAGUGAGUCCCCCAUCCAACUCAUCUGGACACAUCGUGGUCAGAGAUGAAAGUGCUUCUCCAAACAUUGAGUUUGGCCCAGAGUAUUUUGAGGGACUCACAAUCAAGGCAGGAGACAAUAUGAGACUAAAAGUAUCGAUCACUGGACGACCACAGCCCAAGGUUGUGUGGUUCAGAGACGGCGUGCAAAUCACCAAGUCGAUGAUGGACACCACCACAGUUGCUGGAUCAAGCAUGCUCUUUGUACGUGAUGCUGACCGCAGUCACAAAGGAACUUACACAGUGGAAGCCACCAAUAGCCAAGGAACCAAGAAGGAGGACAUCAUUGUCCAAGUCCAUGAUACUCCUGGAGAGCCGGUGGGACCUAUCAUUUUCAGUGAUAUCUCUGAAGGAAAAGUGACCCUCACAUGGAAUCCACCGGAGAACGACGGCUGCUCUGACAUCUCUCACUACAUUGUUGAGAAGCGUGAGACCUCUAAGAUCUCAUGGGCACUUGUCUCGGAUUGCUGUAAAGAAACAGUAUACCACGCCACCAAGCUGAUGAAGACCAAUGAGUACCAGUUCCGUGUUUCUGCUGUCAACAGGUUUGGUACCGGCCGACCAUUGGAUUCAAGUCCCAUCAUUGCACAAAUGCAAUAUAUUACUCCUGAUGCACCUGGCACACCUGAUUCCACUGCAGUUUCUGGAGACAGUAUCACACUGGCAUGGGAAGCGCCCACAUCUGAUGGAGGAAAUCCUAUUCAGUACUACAUUGUUGAAAAACGUGAGAAGAAGACUGUCCGCUGGGACAAGGUGAGGUCAAAGAAGCCCAUUGUGGAGCCUGCUCACCGGGUGGAUCAUCUCACUGAAGAUAUGGAGUAUGAGUUCCGUGUGAUGGCAGUAAACAACGCCGGUAUCGGAGCACCGAGUAACAUCUCAAUGGCCAUUAAAGCCAGCGAGCCAAAAGAUAUUGCAUGCGCUUCAUCUGUGGUUCAUGUAACCGACUCUACAGAUACAACUAUCAGUUUCGAAUGGACCAAGCCUAAAGAUGAUGGUGGCAGUCCCAUCCAUGGAUACGUCAUUGAGUUGCACAAGGUAUCUGAGGGAGAACUAAAAGAAAUACUAGCUAAACCUAAGAAGGUGGUAGACAGCUCAGAAGAGGAGGAGGAGGAGGAGGAGGAGGAAGAGAAAGAAGAGGAUACCAGAGAAUGGAUCAGAAUCAAUGAGGAUCUGGUCAAUGAUACAAAAUACGUUGCAACUGGUUUGGAAACUGGUUCAUACUACCUGCUUCGUGUUUCUGCCCAGAAUAGUAUUGGAAAGGGAGAGGAGCAAGAGAUUCCUGAGCCAGUACAGGCUGUGGACAGACACGUAAAACCUGACGUUGAUAUUGACGCUACCUUCAAACAUACACACAUUGUGAAAAAGGGAGGCACCGUCUGUCUCCGUAUCGCCUACAAAGGAAAACCAACUCCUUCAGUUAAAUGGAGUAAAGAAGAUGAAGAAGAACUUGGUGUCAUGACAGAUAUUACUACUACAGAGACCUACACUGCUCUAACGAUAGAAAAGUGUACCAGAUACGAUUCUGGAAGAUACACUCUUACUCUGGAAAACAGCAGUGGCGUAAGGGAAGUUGAUUUCAUUGUAAAGGUAUUGGAUACACCUGGACUUCCAGGACCUAUUGCCUUUGCAGAAGUGUCCAGAGGAGCACUGACACUGGUUUGGGAACCUCCAGCUAAUGAAGGUGGAGCUCGCGUUCAACAUUACAUUGUAGAGAGGCGUGAGGCAAGUCGUCGUACCUGGAACCAAUCCGGUGGCAAGGUCACUGCGCUAUCCUUACAUAUCCAGGAUCUUCUGGAAGGUGUUCCCUACUUUUUCAGAGUCUCAGGAGAGAACCAGUACGGUAUUGGUGAACCUUUUGAGACGAUAGAUCCCAUUAUUGCUACUGCAGAGCCUUCUUCACCAAUGAGAUUGGAUGUUGUGGACGUCACAGACACUACAGCAACACUCUCCUGGGUCAAACCCGAGCACGACGGUGGUAGUCGUAUCACAGGCUACAUCAUUGAGCAUAAGGCAAAGACCACAGAUAAAUGGGUCGUUGGUGGUGAGACCAAGAACGAGAGCAUCACUCUAGAAUUAUGUAGGACUGCAGAGUAUGAGUUCCGCGUUAAGGCAAAGAACGAUGCAGGCAACAGCUUACCAAGAGAAGCACUAUCCUCAGUGGUAAUCAAAGAGCCACAGAUUGAACCAACUGCAGAUCUCAGUGAAAUAUCUAACCAGGAGGUCAUCUGUAAAGUGGGUAAUACCUUCACCAUCGAUGUGCCCAUCACUGGUAGACCAGCACCGAAGGUAAUCUGGAAACUGGAGGAGAUGAGGCUGAAAGACACUGAAAGGGUUGCAAUCAAGACUGUCAAAGACAGAACAACCCUGUCUGUCAGAGACGCCAUGAGGGGCGAUGGUGGCAGAUACUUCCUCAGUCUGGAAAAUUCUGCUGGAUCCAAGACGUUCUUCGUUACUGUCAAUGUCAUUGGAAGACCUGGUCCCCCCGUUGGACCCGUUGAAGUUUCAUCCAUAACAUCAGAAUCAUGUGAGAUUGCUUGGGAAGCACCAGAGGAUGACGGUGGAACAGAUAUCACCAACUACAUUGUUGAGAAGCGUGAAUCUGGCUCCACUGCCUGGACACUCAUCAACUCCAGUGUGAAACGCACCAACCUCAGUGUGGGACAUCUGACAAAGUACAUGCAAUACACCUUCCGCGUCAGUGCUGAGAACAGAUUUGGCACAAGCAAAUCAACUGAAUCUGAGACCAUUGUCGCUGAGAAUCCAUUCGGUCCUGCUGGUGCACCAACCAGACCUUCUGUAUACAACGUGGCUUCCACCACCUGCCACAUUCGCUGGGAGGAGCCAUACCACGAUGGCGGCAGCAAGGUGACUGGAUACUGGAUUGAAAAGAAAGAACGAAACAACAUCCUUUGGGUGAGGGAGAACAAGAUCCCAUGCUUUGAAUGUGACUACAGAGUAGAGGGACUUAUUGAAGGCCUUUCGUACCAGUUCCGUGUCUUUGCAAUGAACAGUGGUGGCCUCGGCAAAGCUAGCGAGGCAUCCAAGCCUAUGGUGGCUCAAAAUCCAGUUGAUCCUCCUGGUAGACCAGAAGUAACUGAGGUGGGCAGAUCUACAGUGUCCAUCAAAUGGUCUACACCACUUGACGAUGGUGGCUUCCCAAUUGUGGGUUACAUUGUUGAGCGCAAGCCAUACACCAUCACUGGCGAAGGUCGCUGGCUGAAGUGUAACUACACCAAUGUCACAGAAAAUAACUUCUCGAUCACUGCACUUGGUGAAGGAGAGGUCUACGAGUUCCGAGUCAUUGCCAAGAACUCCAACCAAGUUUUCAGUAUGCCUUCAGAGUCAACCGGCGCAGUCACAUGCAAAGCAGAAUACACUCCUCCAAAGGCAGACCUCGACAGCAAACUUCUGGUUGACACGGUUACAAUCAGAGCCGGCUCAGACCUUGUUCUGGAUGCUGCUGUUGGUGGUAAACCUGACCCCAAAGUGUUCUGGGCCAAGGGAGAUAAGGAACUGGAGCUGUGUGAGAAGUACUCCCUGCAGUACACCAGCACACGUGCCAUGGCCAUUAUCAAAUUCUGUGACAGAGAUGAUACCGGGAAGUACGUUCUCACUGUAAAGAACGCCAGUGGCAUCAAGUCAGCCGAAGUUAACGUGCAAGUACUUGAUACACCUGGUGCUCCUGACGGCAAAAUCACUAUCAGCCAUAUUUCUGAAGAAAAAUGCACUGUGUCUUGGAAACCCUCUCUGGAGAGUGGUGGUGACCCAGUGACACAUUACAUUGUUGAGAGACGCGACACCAACAGACUCAACUGGGUGAUCAUGGAAGCUGAGUGCAAGGAACACACCUGUGAGAUCACUAGACUGUUCAAGAACACUGAGUACCUCUUCCGCGUGAGAGGUGUCAACAAGUAUGGAUCCGGCGUUCCACUGCAAUCUGGUCCUAUCAUCGCCAGAAACAUGUUCACUGUCCCAUCUGCUCCUGGCACACCAGAGAUUCUUGCUGUAGGAAAAGAUUUUGCUAGCAUUGAAUGGCUAAAACCAGAGAGCGACGGUGGCAGUCCUAUAACUGGCUAUCUGAUUGAGAAACAUGAAAAGAAGAGUGCCAGAUGGAUCAAGGUGAACAGAGAUGCCACACUUAUGGACACAAGCUUCAAGAUAACUGGCCUCGGGGAGGGCAACAUCUACCAGUUCCGUGUAUCAGCUGUCAACAAGGCUGGUGAGAGUGAACCCAGUGAGCUAUCUCUCUAUGCUGUCUGCAGAACACCAACAAGUACUCCUCCACCUCCCACAAUUCCACGUAUUAUCGAUACUACCAAGGACAGUGUCAGCCUUGCUUGGACCAGACCCUUGGAGGACGGAGGUUCUGAUAUAAUCGGAUACGUUCUGGAGAUGCAAGUACAGGAGGAGGGAGCUGAGAAGCCGCCUGAGCCAAAACCUGAGAAGGUACCUGAGAAAGUAGUUUCAAAGGGAGCCAGUCGAGGAGCCAAGAAAACAGUUGUGUUUGUGGAGGAAGAGUCGGAGGAGGAGGAGGAAGGCGAUGAGGAAGAGGAGGAGGAGGAAGAGGAAGGUACAGGUGUGUGGGUUAAGGCCCAUGAGAAGAACCUGAGACUCACAGAACACAUUGUGACUGGCCUUACAACUGGCAAGAUGUACCGCUUCAGAGUGGCUGCAGUUAACUUCAAUGGAGUCGGUGAAUUUAGUAGAGCCUGCGCAGCAGUCGAGGUUAUCGAGAAAAUUGAAACUCCUGAUAUUGAGCUUCAUGAUGAUAUGACCAAGACCAUCUGCCUGAGAGCCGGAGGUUCUCUUCGUCUCUUUGCCACAGUCAUUGGACGACCAAUCCCUGCAGUUACCUGGAGAAAACCUGGUGUCGACCUCAACAACCGUGGCUUCAUUGAAGUCACUAAAACUUCCACACAAAUCAUUAUUGACAAAGUGCACCGCUAUGAUGCUGGCAAAUAUACCAUUGAGGCAAAGAAUGAAUCUGGCGAAAAGACAGCUACCAUUAUUGUCAAGGUCUAUGAUACUCCUGGUCCAACUGGCCCAAUUAAGAUCAAGGAACUUGAGAAGGACUCCAUUACCAUUGCAUGGGAUCCUCCUACUGUUGAUGGUGGAGCACCAGUGAAUAAUUACAUCAUUGAGAGACGCGAAGCAUCAAUGAGAGCUUACAAGACUGUGACAUCCAAAUGCAGCAAGACAUCAUACAAAAUCGACGGACUCUUCGAGGGAAUGCUGUAUUACUUCAGAGUUCUCCCAGAAAACCUGUACGGUGUGGGAGAGCCAUGUGAAACCCCUGAUGUAAUUUUGGUGUGCGAGGUGCCUUUGCCCCCUGCGACACUGGAGGUUGUGGAUAUCACCAAGACCACAGUAACACUUGGAUGGGAGAAACCAGAGCAUGACGGUGGAAGCAGACUCACAGGCUACAUCAUUGAAGCUUGUAAAUUUGGCACAGACAAAUGGAUGAAGGUGACAACAGUGAAGACAACUGACUUUGAGUUCACUAUGACUUCUUUGACUGAGAAAGAUCAGUUUAUGUUCAGAGUCAGAGCUGUUAACAGCAGGGGAGCCAGUGCACCAAAGGAGCUUGUUGCAGCCGUAACAGUCCAAGAACAAAGAGUUCUGCCAAAGGUUGAUCUGUCUAGUAUCCCACAGAAGUUUGUCAAUGUGUUGGCUGGUAAACCACUUGAGCUGCACUUGCCAAUAGUCGGUAGACCCCCACCAGUUUGCUCAUGGUACUUCAGUGGUCAGAAGCUGAAGAUCACUCAGCGUACGAAGAUUCAGACCACUGGAAAGUUCUCUAAGCUAACCGUGCUUGAUACUUCCAUCGACGACAGCGGUAACUACACUCUUGAAGUGAAGAACGUCACAGGAGAGACAUCUGAGAUCAUUAAAGUGAUCAUUCUUGACAAACCUGAUGAGCCUAAAGGACCAGUCAGGUUUGAUGGGGUUGAUGCCACCUCAGUGACCAUCAGCUGGGAUCCUCCAGAGAGAAACGGAGGUGCCCCUGUCAGCGGCUAUGUUGUUGAGCAGCGUGAAGCCCACCGUCCUGGAUGGCUGCCAGUAUCUGACUCAGUCAGUAGACCAACAUUCACCUUCGUCAAACUGACGGAAGGAGAUGAAUACAUGUUCCGUGCCGCAGCAGUCAAUCGCUACGGUGUUGGUAACUGGCUGCAGUCUGAAGUUGUGAUGUGCAAGAGCGCAACGAACAUCCCUGGACCUCCAGGCAGACCAGCAGUAUUUGACAUGUCUCGUGAUGGCAUGACCAUUGCAUGGCUGGAACCAGAGGAUGAUGGUGGAUCUGAGGUGUCUGGAUACAUCAUUGAGCGCAAGGAGGUCAGAUCUGACAGAUGGGUGCGUUCUAACAAGAACCCAGUCACCAUGACCAGAUACAGAUCAACAGGUCUGAUAGAAGGCCUUGAGUAUGAACAUAGAGUAACGGCAAUCAACGCUAGAGGUGUUGGCAAACCAAGUGUUGUCUCCUUAACAGCAGUGGCGACUGAUCCCGUUGAUCCACCUGGCUCACCCCAGAACCCAAGAGUCACAGACACCACAAAAUCAUCAGUGUCCCUGGCCUGGAGUCCUCCUGAUGAGGAAGGUGGAUGUAAGGUCUCAGGUUAUCUGAUUGAGAUGCAGAAAGCAGGCUCAGUCACCUGGAUCAAAUGUAACACAACACCUUCUCUGAUCUGUGAAUACACACUCACCAAAAUGCCGCAAGGAGAGGAGUUCAAGUUCCGUGUGAUGGCUUGCAACGCCGGUGGACCCGGAGAACCCGCUGAGGUCCCUGGAACAGUCACUGUGACGGAAAUGCUUGAAAAACCUGAUCAUGAGCUGGAAGCCAAGUACAAGGAUGUCUUUGUCGUCAGAUAUGGCAGUGUUGUCAAACUCUCAGUGCCCAUCAAGGGUAAACCAGUUCCUACAUGCAAGUGGACAAAGGAAGGCGCUGACGUGCCUGAGAGAGCAAUGAUCGCUUCCAAUGACGACUGCACUGAGCUGGUAAUCAAGGGUGCAGUAAGAGACGACUCUGGCACUUAUGACCUACUGCUUGAGAACAAGUGUGGCAAGAAGAGCGUUCACAUCAAGGUGAAGGUUAUUGGCCGUCCAACUGCUCCAGAGGGACCACUUGGAUACGAAGACGUUCAGGCACAAUCUGUUAAGUUGACAUGGAAGGUUCCUUCAGAUGAUGGUGGCUCUGAAAUCCUUGGAUACAUUGUUGAGAGACAGCAGGUUCCCAAGACAGCCUGGUACACUGUAGAAACCAGGGUGGUGGACACAUCUUUCAUUGUGAAGGGACUCGAGGAGGGACAAGAGUAUCACUUCAAGGUGACAGCUGAAAACACAUUCGGUAUCAGUGGAUCGCUGAAGUCAACAGAACCCCUCAUACCGAAGACUCCUCUCUGUCCCCCAGAGACGUCAAGCAUCCCACCAGAGGUUAUGGAUGUCACUAAGAGCUCUGCCUCUCUGUCUUGGUCAAGACCUAAGGAUGACGGUGGCUCUGCCAUUACCGGAUACUAUGUUGAGUACAAAGCAGUAUCCUCUGAGACAUGGGUUCGUCAUGAGAAGAAGGUCGUUUCAACCCAGUUUACCAUCCCUGGACUCACUGCUGAUGCUGAAUACCAGUUCCGUGUUAUUGCUCAAAAUGAUAUUGGAGACAGUGAACCAGGACCUGCAUCUGAACCAGUCACAUGCAAAGAUCCAUUUGACAAACCAAGCCAACCAGGCGAGAUUGACACAGUAACUGUCACAAAGGACGCAGUCGCCAUCAAGUGGGCGGCGCCAGAAUGCGAUGGUGGAAAGGAGGUCCUUGGUUACUGGGUUGAAUACAGGAAGUCUGCAGAGGCUACCUGGAAGAAAUGCAACAAGACACGCACCAAGGAGAAAAAGUUCACCAUAACUGGUCUGGCCGAAGCCACUGAGUAUGAGUUCAGAGUGAUGGCUGAGAAUGAGACCGGAAUCAGCAGACCACGCAGAACAGCCACAUGCAUCAAGACCAAACUGAGCGCUGGAACUCAACCAAGCCUGAGGAAAGAAAUGGAUGAAGUUACGACUAAAUUAUACCAACCAGGAAUUAUGAAAUGCCAGAUUAUUGGUAGACCUCUUCCCGAUAUCAAAUGGUAUAAAUCUGGCAAGGAGAUAAUCGAGUCUCGUAAAUAUGAGAUGAGCUCUGAUGGCCGUAACCAUUCACUGACCAUUAUGACAGACCAACAAGAGGAUGAAGGAGAAUACACAUGCAAGGCUAUCAAUGAUGCAGGUGAAGCAGAAACCAGUGGCAUUCUCGUUUUGGAAGCUGCUCCACAGUUCAAUCCUGACUUCCCAUUGAAGAAUACCUACUAUGCUGAAAGCGGCACUACUCUGCGUCUACAUGUUGCCUAUAUUGGACGCCCUGAGCCUAAGAUCAUGUGGCUUUAUGGAGCUACAACUGUGGUAGCUUCUGAGAAUAUCAGCAUUGAAAACACAGAGCAUUACACUCACCUGGUGAUCAAGAAUGUGCAACGCAGGGUACAUGGAGGAAAAUACAGAGUCAGACUGCACAAUCACUUUGGCAGAGCUGAUACUCUCAUCAACGUUGAAAUCCAAGAUAAACCUGCAAUGCCUGAAGGUCCCAUUGUACUUGAUGCCCUGUUGAAGAACUCUGUGAUUAUUAGCUGGAAACCACCAAAGGAUGAUGGUGGAUCAAUGAUCACAAACUACAUCGUGGAGAAGCGUGAAGACAAGGAGGUUGAUGACUGGACACUCGUGUCCUCGUCCAUCACAGGCACAAACUGCCGCAUUGCCAACCUUGUAGUAAACGCUGGGUACUUCUUCCGUGUGUAUGCUCAAAAUCGUUAUGGCAACAGUGAGCCACUGGAGAUACCUACUCCCAUCCUUAUCAAGAGUUCAAUGGAUAAACCUUCACCACCACUGAUGCCAGUGGUUUCUGGUGUGACCAACAUUUCCUGUGUGUUGUCCUGGAAGCCUCCACUCAUUGAUGGUGGCUCCAAGAUCAAGAGCUACUGCCUUGAGAAGAAGGAGAAGAAGGGCGAAUGGACACCUGUCACUACUGAUGAAAUCAAAUCCACAGUCUUUUCUGUCAAACGCCUCACUGAAGGAUGUGAAUAUAUCUUCAGAGUGAACUGUGAGAACCUUGGAGGAGUAAGUGAUUGGAGUGUGGAAUCUGAACCAGUUGUUCCAAAGACGCCUGUUGAUGUCCGUGCUCCCGCCUUCAAAGAAGAACUGAGGAAUAUGAGUGUCAAAUAUAAGAGCAACGCCACCUUCGUUUGCAAGAUCACAGGACAACCCAAGCCUGUAAUUAAAUGGUUCAGACGUGGCAAGGAGAUCCAAUCUGACGGAAAGAAACUGAAGAUUCAAGAGUUCAAGGGAGGCUAUCACCAACUGGUUAUCUCCGCUGCUGAUGAGGAAGACUCUACUGUCUACCAGAUCAGAGCAACCAACCAGGGAGGAUCCAUCUGCACCACUGUCUCUCUGGAUGUUGAAGUCCCUGCCAAGAUUAACCUGCCCAAGAAUCUGAAGGACAAAGAGGCUAUCCCUGCCCUCCGUGGAGAGAUUGUGAAUAUCAAGAUUCCAUUCAGUGGCAAACCCGAUCCUGUCAUCACCUGGCAGAAGGGACAAGACCUCAUUGAUAAUAACGGAUACUACCAAGUCAUCGUUACAAGGUCAUUCACAUCGCUUGUGUUCCCCAACGGUGUUGAUAGGAAGGAUGCCGGUUUCUACAUCGUUUGUGCCAAGAACAGAUUUGGCAUUGACCAACAGACAGUUGAACUGGAUGUUGCCGACGUGCCCGACCCACCACGUGGUAUCAAAGCAAGUGAUGUUUCUAGAGACUCAGUCACUCUGAGUUGGCAAGUACCUGCUAAUGAUGGUGGAAGCAGAGUAGCCAGCUAUGUUGUGGAGAAGUGUCCCACAACAUCUGACAGAUGGGAACGUGUUGCCCAGUCUCGUGAUACUCGCUACACCAUCAUCAACCUGUUCGGAGGAACCAGCUACCAGUUCAGAGUCAUAGCCGAGAACAAAUUCGGUCAAAGUCAACCAUGUGAACCAAGUGGUCCCGUUACAACAAAGGAGGACAAAUCAAGAGUCCUUGGCUAUGACAGUGAGGUUAGUGACAGAGACGUGCCCAAGCAAAAGGCUCCACAUUCAUGUGCCAAGAAUGUGCAUACCAAGUACAUGAUGGCUGAGGAGCUGGGACGUGGCCAGUUUGGUAUCGUUCACCGUUGUGUUGAGACCAGCUCUAAGAGGACAUACAUGGCCAAAUUCGUCAAGGUGAGGGGUGCAGAUCAAGCGUUCAUCAAGAAAGAAAUUGCUACACUGAACCUGGCCAGACACAACAACUUCUUGUGUCUUCAUGAGUCCUUCGACAGCACUGAGGAAUUAGUCAUUAUCUAUGACUUCGUCUCAGGUCAAGACAUCUUUGAACGCCUCGGCACAGCCGACUUUGAGCUGAAUGAGCGUGAAAUCGUCAACUACAUCAGACAAGUAUGUGAAGCUCUUGAGUUCUUACACGACAAGAAUUAUGGCCACUUUGACAUCAGGCCUGAGAAUAUUGUGUACACCACAAGAAAGGGCAGUAAAGUCAAGAUCAUUGAGCUAGGACAGGCAAGACACCUGACUCCUGGCGACCAGAUCAAGGUUCAGUAUACUACAGCUGAGUACGCUGCUCCUGAGAUCCACCAGAAUGACAUGGUCAGCAGUGUUACUGACAUGUGGCCAGUUGGUGUUCUAGUCUAUGUCCUUCUCAGUGGACUCAAUCCAUUUACUGCCGAGACUCAUCAGCAGAUGAUUGACAACAUCUCAAAUGCUGAGUACAGUUACGAUGACGAAACCUUUAAAGUACCUACUGUUGAAGCAUUAGACUUUAUCAACCGCCUUCUCACCAAGGAGCGUAAGCACCGUAUGACUGCUGCCCAAGCUUUAGAACAUCCUUGGCUGAAGAUGCAAGCAGAAGAACUCAGUGCCACAGCAAUAAUGACCACAAGGCAUAAGAGAUACUACCAGGCCAUGGCAAAGAAAGAAUGGACCACUGUCGUUGCAGGAGCAAGAGUUGCUAGCGGCGGUGCAAUCAGAGCCCAGAGAGGUGUCACAGUUGCCAAAGUAAAGAUCGCACCAUUUGAACAUGGCCCAGUCGGUGGUCAAAUCAUUCAUACAGUGGUGGAUGUGGGAGCAGAUGUCAAAUUUGCUUGCAACAUUGAAAACUAUGACAGCGCCACAGAGGUAACAUGGUACUGCGGUGUGCGUCAACUAGAGGCAAGUGACAAGUAUGAAAUCGACUAUGAGGAUGGUCUAGCUGUUAUAUGUAUCAAGGGAGUCACUAAAGCAGAUGACGGCACCUAUAGAUGCAAGAUCAUCAACGAUUAUGGUGAGGACAGUGCCUACGGAGAGCUCUUUGUAAACGGAGUAAGAUCAUACCGCGAGUACUUCACAGCCCGUGUGGUGAGGAAAGUGAAACGUAGAGUGGACACAGCAAGACUGCUCCAGAAACCACCAGAGUUCACCCUGCCCUUGUUCAACCAUGCAGCUUACAUCGGAGAAGAUGUUCGCUUCGGUGUGACUAUCACUGUGCACCCUGAGCCUCGUGUUACAUGGUACAAAUCUGGCCAGAAGAUUGUUCCUGGUGAUGAUGAGAAAAAGUACACGUUCAUAACUGACAAGGGUCUUUAUCAAUUGGUGAUUCACUGUGUUGAUGCUGAUGACGAUGCGGAGUACUCCGUUGUGGCACGUAAUAGAUUUGGUGAUGACAGCUGUAAGGCAAAACUGGCUGUGACACAUCGCCCAGCACCAGCAGAUAAUACCUUGAGGCCCAUGUUCAAACGUCUCCUGGCAAACGUGGAGUGUAGGGAAGGCCAGAAUGCACGCUUUGAAAUCAGAGUGUCUGGACUCCCAACUCUGAAGUGGGAGAAGGAUGGCAUGCCAUUGGCAUUUGGUCCACAAAUUGAAGUGGUCCAUGAGGGCCUGGAUUACUUUGUCCUGCAUGUGAAAGAUACUCUACUUAACGAUUCUGGCUGUUACAGAGUUACUGCAACCAACUCAGCUGGAUCUGCCAGUUGUCAAGCCAUUCUCAAGGUGGACCGCAUCACCCAUGUGAAGAAGGUUUACGAGAGUGAAAGAGACAAAAAGAAACAAGCAGAGAAAGAACAAAUUGAGAAGAAGGUCAGAUUAUCUCAAAUCAUGUCUGGAACUGAUGUCAUGCCACUUCCUGCUUUGGCACAACAAGCUUUGAGAGAAGCGACAUUGUUGUGCCAACCAGUAGAGGCAACCAAAAAGGACAAGACUGAAGCCGAAGAUAAGAAACGGGCAGAAGAAAGGAAAAAGAGAGCAGAGGAGAAGAGACUGCGUAUGCCUUAUGAUGUUCCCCAACCUCGUGAACGUGGCCCAACUGCUCUUUUGGAAGAUAUGGAAAUCAAACACUACAAACCUUGCUCUGACAUGAAAUGGUACAAGAAACUCCGGGAUCAAUAUGAGUUCCCUGAACCAAUGGACAAGAUUUCACAGAAGAGACUGAAACGCAUCCGUCUCUCCAGGUGGGAUCAGUUCUACGAAGUCCCUUUGCCAAGAAUCAAGGAAUCUUACAAGCCAAAGUGGCGUCUUCCACAAGUUUCACAGGAUGAUUUGGAGACUGUCAGACCUUCAAGGCAGCGCACUCCAUCUCCUGAAAUAGAAGCAUAUCACAGAAUCAGAAGAAGGUCUCUUGGUGAUCUCUCAGACGAGGAGCUUCUCCUGCCAAUUAAUGAAUAUCUGGCAAUGAAGAGAACUGAGGAGGAGAGACUUCAACUUGAGGAAGAACUAGAACUUGGCUACUCUGCGUCCCCACCAAGCCUUAGCCCUGUGCGCUUUGAAUUAGGUGCACUGCGCCACACAUCACCAAGACGCACAGUCUAUGAAGGUGUGGAAGAGGGUGAAGAGGUUCCAUUAUAUGAAAACUAUCGUAUUCCUUCUAAGUAUGAGGCUGGUCCAAGCUAUGUUGACCUUCGCCUGCGCCAUGACAAGGCUACAUUCCGACCACCAAGACAAAACCAGAGAGUGUUUGAGGAGAGGGAGGAUCGAGAGAUGCUGAGAAAUGUGAAAACGACUCAAAGAAUAAGCGGUUACAAGAGUGAACUGAAACACAUGGAGUUUGAAGAAAAAACUAGAACCGUGAAGAAAGACAGAACUACAACUUCCCAUGUGUCAACAUAUAUAGCAACUAAAACUGAGGGGAGAAGGUCACCCACCCCCGAAAGAACCCGUCCACGUUCCCCUAGUCCUCUUGCUACUGUCAGAUCAGCCUCCAGAUCCAAGGUGGAGACUGUACAGUUGGCAAAAGUUGACCACCUGGCAAGAUAUGAGUCAAGAAAAGCCGUUCUGAGAUCCGAGAGGACAUCAGUAGAAAGGAAGGAGGUUGUAAGUAUGCAGCCCUUCAGCCUCGACCAUACCCCACGAAUCACUGUGAGGAUGCGUUCCCAUCGUGUGCCAUACGGUCAGCACACCAAAUUUACACUGAACGUCCAAUCAAAGCCAACCGCUGAGGUGAAGUGGUACCAUAACGGACAACUGAUAACCGAGAGCAGAAGGUACCGUAUGUCCAACCUGAGCGGAGUUCUGUAUCUUCAAAUUCUUGACUGCACCACAGAGGACAGUGGCACUUACCGUGUUGUCUGUACUAAUGCAGUGGGAGAAUGCUCAGACUAUGCCACUCUGGAUGUCGCAGGCAUGGGAGAGUAUUCUAGCUAUAUGGCACCUCGCGAAGAUGAGGAACCCCCAGCUCUUCCUGUGGCAACCAAGAUAGGUGCUUACCAAAUAUCCUCCUCCAAGACAGUGAAGACUGUUGAAACACACGAAACCCACAUGGAGGAGUCCAGCACCUUUAAAGGAAAGAAGACUACUCUACCUGCAUCUAUCCUAACAAAACCACAGUCCCUCACCUUAAAUGAGGGAGAGACUGCCAGAUUUGCAUGUGAUGUUGACGGUGAACCAGUGGCAACUGUAACCUGGAUGCGUGAGGGGCAAAUUAUCGGAUCAUCUGUUCGCCACCAUGUCACUACAGAACAGUACAAGUCUACUUUUGAAAUCACCUCUGUUGAAAUGUCAGACGAAGGCAGCUACUCAAUCAUGGUGGAAAACUCUGAGGGCAGCCAAGAGGCGCACUUCAGUCUAACCAUCCGCCGAUCGGAAGCCAAAGAGGAGGCCUCUUCUACAGUGACAUACUCAUACGAAGAGCCUCCAAUGCAUUCCCCUAGUCCAGUCACAUCUCCAGUCACAUCUCCACCAAGGAUGAAGUCUCCUGAAUCAAUCAGCUCUCCAAAGAGAGUUAAGUCCCCAACCAGCCCUACACCUAAAUCACCCACUGAGAAAGUCACCCUCAAAACCAAGCCCUCCAUCUCAUCUGGUCUUCAGGACAUGACCGCAUCUGCAGAUUCCAUCGUCAAGCUGACAGUGAAAAUGACUAGAGAUCCUAAAGCAGAGAUCUCAUGGAUGAAGGAUGGAAAGACUCUCAUUCACGGUGGAAAAUAUGAAAUUCAUGAAGAGCAUGAUUCGGCACACCUUGAAAUCUAUGAAUCUGUGGCCUCUGACAGUGGAGUUUACAAAUGCACAGUCACCAAUAGUGCUGGGUCAUCAUCCACAAGCUGCAUUGUCUCUAUUCAAGCCUCAAACAAAUCCAAAGCACUUGCAACAAAAACAGAAAUUUCAGAGCAAGUUAUGAAAAAGGAAAUUGUCUACGGGGAGGUUGAGUCUUACACAGAAAUCAAGGCAUCCCAUACUCAGAUGGCCAUGACUGAAGGCCAGUCUCUCACCCUGAGAGCCAACAUCCCCAGAGCUUCAGAUAUCAGAUGGAUCCUGAACGGAAUGGAACUGGCCAACUCAGAGGACUACAGAUAUGGUGUGUCUGGAAACAACCAUACUAUGACCAUCAAAAAGGUCAGCCAAUACGAGCAGGGGGUCAUCACGUGUGAAGCCAAAACCGAACAUGGCCUUGUCAAGUGCCAGUUCAACACUAGUGUCACUGAAGCACUAUCAGAUGCACCAUCAUUCCUUGUGCAGCCACGCUCUCAGAAUGUCAACGAAGGACAGAACGUCAAGUUGACAUGUGAGAUUGCAGGAGAGCCUGCCCCUGAAAUCGACUGGUUUAAGGACAACAUAAUGGUAUCUAUGACCUCAAACACGAAACUGAGCCGUUCCAAAAAUGUAUACACUCUGGAGAUUAUUGAGGCCACAGUUGCAGACAGCGGCAAAUACACCAUCAAAGCCAAAAACAAAUAUGGACAGUGCUCUGCAACAUCAUCUCUCAACGUCAUUACUCUUGUUGAAGAACCUGCCAAAAUGGUUAUAAUGGAGCAAAGAGCUGCUGCUGCCAGCUUGCACAGUGACAGUUUCUCAGCCACAUCAGUCCAUAUGGCUGGAGCAUCAAUGGCUAAAGCAUCAAUGACACAUGAAGGCUCUUUCGAAAGACAAUUUGAAAGCAUGUCUGCUGCUAGCAUGUCCGCCAUGACAUCUGAAUCAAUGGUAUCCAUGAGCUCCAGCAGUAUGAUGAAAAUGUCAAGUGAAAUGAUGUCAAGUCAUGCUAGUUCAAUGUCAACUCAUGGAUCCUCAAUGACUGCUCUUACUCAUGGUGUUGGUAAAGCUCCCAAAAUCGAAUUUCUCCCAGAGGAUAUCAGCAUUGAGCCAGGAAGGCCUUUGAGCGUGUCCUGUGCUUUCUCUGGAGACCCAACACCUGAGAUUGAGUGGACCCGCACAGGGAAACAGUGUGAUGAAGACAGUGACCGGUUCCACAUCGAGACCACGGAGGACCUCACCACCCUUGUAAUCCCCUGUGUGAAGGAAGACGAUGCCGGAGCGUACACCCUCAAACUGUCCAACAAGCUUGGAUCUGCCAUGGCAACUGUCAACAUUCAUAUACGAUCCAUGUAAAAAAAAAAACACGCAAACAUAUAAUUUCUAUCCCCCAUUUUCCCUCCUCCAGUACCUUUUUAUUUAUUGAAUUAGCAAAAAUAAUCUUUACUUGAUAAAGACCUGGAUUUCUGUUCUUGUAAAUAUGAACUAUUUUUAUACCAAACUUGACAUAAAUUUAUGCCAAACUAGACUAAAGUCUAAAGUUGUUAUAAAAUGUGCCAUAUUGGAUAAUUAUGACUAGGAUUUUUGAACCACUUUUCUGUGACAUGUACAUAAUGUAUAUAGCCGAACUUAACGGUUAUGGAAAAUGUAUGAAUUGUUAUUUAUGACAAUAUUAACUGAAACAAAAGGAACUAAAUGUUUAACAGGAGAAAGUUUCACAUGAAACGAAUACCCUGAAAAACCUGAAACUAAACUCCGUGCCUCAACAAAAAGUUGAAGUCUUAAGAUUUCCUCAACAGGUAGAGAGGUUCCCUGUUGAAGUUUAUACUAAAUCAGAGAAAGGCAAUGUUAUGCACCGUGCAUCUGUGCGUGCAAUAUUACAAAUACUCAUAUGAAUUGUAACAUGAUCAUAAGACCCUGAGUGCUGUUUGCAUAAACCCUCAUGUAAGUAGCACAACUAGGUCUUGUGUUCAGACUGACUAUGUCAUACCACCAUUUUAAUGACAUGCUAAAAGUGCGAGCGGCCUGCACUUUGAGCUCUAUUUUUAUGUGCUCUGUUUCUGGCAUUGGACAGUUGAAUUGGCUUUUUAAAACGUAACAUCACCUGGCCAUUAAAAAACAAAAGUCAAUUCAAGUACUUCGUUGCAGAAACAGUGCCACCUCUUGGAGGAUUGUUAGGUAAUAUUUUGUGUGUGUGAGUGUGUUUUAGUUUUAGAAUUUCACCUUGCCAGUAGUCAGGGUAACCAUCAAGUGAAUGUACCAUGGUGAUACCAUCUACCGUGAAACAAAGAAAGCAAAAAGCAUGAAUAAUAAUGCCCUGCACUUUGAUUUAACUGAGUCUAUUGAUGUAGAAUUACUACUAUAUUCAUCCUCUUUGAGUUUUAUUUUACUGAUUUAAUAAAGCAUGAUUUCAGCACUA